GGUACCUUUAGCUGGGUUAGAUAGCUCUUCAGUGUUUCAUCUGGAAGAUUCUACUUUUUUAAAAAAAGAAGAAGACCUGCUUCUGUUGGAGUAAUAGUGUUUGGUACUUUUAAAAACAAGUUUUUUAUCUUUUCAACUCUGCUGUAUUAGAGAACCCUAGAUCUCAAGUAUUCGUCUAUUCAUAAUAGUAACUGGUUAUUCCACCCACUUUCCUGCCCCCUGUUGCCCCCUCCACCCCUAAGCUAUUUCAUAAAAACAAUUGCUCAUAUUAAAUUCAGGUCUGCAUCCGUUCAAAAGCAGCUAGAGGAAAUAUGAAAAUGAAGUAGGGAGAAAGAAAAUGGAGCAUGGUUAGAUGGAAGCUUGUAAUAAUGCCUCAUUCUAUGCUGCUUUCUACUUGCUAAAACUUCUGCACACACCUGAAUUCUCUGGGAAUGGUAUUGUUACAUGCCACCACAAGCAGUGCACAAUUCCAGGUAUCCAGGUGCUUACCCAUGGUUCAUGUUUCCUUUGGAAAUGAAGCACAGUGGUGUCUUUAUGAUACAUGGUUUAUUUACACAUAUAUACAACCUGAGCCUAUGAUUGAGGGGUUCAAAGCAUUACACUCCAAUAGGUUCUUGCUUCUCCCAAGGUGGCAGCCCAGGAUUCAAACUUUCAGCCCACAUUGUGCCCUGACCUCACCACCUCCAUAUUGUCGCUGCAGACUGAAACCUCUUUUCCCUAGCUCACAUCAGGCGAAAAUAUAAUCCUAAACCUAUUACUACUGGCCUUUGUCACUGCUAACUAACACAGAGCUCAGGAAGGGGUGAAUCUCACAGUGAGAUCAAGUUAAUUAAGAAUGCUUAACUUUGGCUGAAGUGCAUUCACAAAUAGUUUCUUAGAAAUAUGGACAUGUAAAGGUUUAUACUUGAGACACAGAUAUGGCUGGAUUCUAUAUCUCAACAGACAAAAAAUUAUUAUUCUCAGCAGAUUCUAUAUUUGUUCUUAGGAAUCAUUUUAAACACUGCAGAACUACAUGCAAAAAAUGUAUGACUCCUAAAACCAGAAGAAAGUUUUAAUUGCAUGUAUUUAUCAAAUUACCAAGUAAUUGUACUAAAACAGCUCAAGUUAAAUUGCUGCAUGAGUUUUAAUUAAAAUACAUUUCUCUGCAUAAAAAUAUAAAGGAUUAAGUGGGACCUUAUAAUUAAAUCUCUAUGGAGUAAUUGUAAUAGAAAAUGCCAAUGUUUAACUUGCAUUAAUUGUUUAAUACAGCUUGGCCUCACCUUCUUGGCAAAGUUAGUUGAUGGAGAAGGAACAUUAUUUAGGAGUGGCAUAAAGAAAAAUAAUGCGGCAACUGAAGCUUCUUUCUGAAGGAAUAGCUAUUAUUCAUUCACUUCACACUGAGCAACUGAUUAACAAAAUAUAUUACCCCUGUUUUGAGAGAAAUGAAGGUAAUGUGCUCUCAGCAGUAGGCAGCAGCUGUACUGUAAUAAUAAACUUGAACAUGGUGAUAUCAUUGACUGCAAGUUAUUUACAGAUGUGAUGAAAUGAAUUAUUGUAGAGAACCGAAACUUGACAAAUCCUCUGCAUUUCUGAAUUAAACAAAUGUGGGUAUGAGAUGUGAAAUUCAAGGGAGAGGGAGGAAAGAAGACUAGGUACAACUGGUGGUCCAUAGCAAACCAGUGCUCAGACAUUCAAGCAAAUGGAUCUAUAUAAUCAGUCUACAUGUUAGAAAAUUUAUUAGCUUUCUUGCAUUUAUGGAAGGUCACCACAUAUGCCGCCAGCUGAGUCAUAAGAUGUUUAUCCACCAUGAGUGGCCUUAGAAGCCAGUUAAAUUGUCAAAUUCCAAAGGACUUGGAACACAAUUUAAGACAACAUUAACGUCUGCAAAUCUCAAGGUGUCCGAAACCAUAUUUAUGUCACUGAUGAGCUCUGAACAAAAGAUUGUGACUUUAAAACAGGACCAAAUCAUUUGACAGAGCAUAAAUGACAGUGCUAGUGAGCCUUUUCUUAGGAAGACAUUAUGGAGACCAAUAAGCUUCAAAGCCAAAGUGUAUUGACUGCCUUUCAGUUCAGGCAUCCUGGACAGGUUCCAUUUUCAUUUACAGAUUAUGUGUGUCCUUACUGAUGCAAAAUAAUAAAUGAGUCAGCACUGUAUAUCCUCACCGCUAAAAAUACAUUCAAAGUUACCCAUCUGACCUCAUUUCAGGUGGUGUUUUGGAGUAGGGGGGAACAGUCAAGCCAAAUCUGCUAAUCUGCUUCUAUAAGGCUACUAAGGAAAAUGAAACUCGGUCAACUCGGUUAAUGAAGAAAAACAAAUCAAAUAUAUUGGCCAAUCACGAAAUGCCAUGACAAGAAUUCAAACAAUAAGACUGGAUAAAAACACCUGAUGUACAAAUAAUCUCAGUAAUUGCAGGACUAAGCCAUUCUUGGGUCAUGUGUGUGGAAGGAAGGCAUUUGAGUAAACGGUUUCUGAAAUCCAUUUUUACAGAUAGGAUGUGACGGUUCUCCUUAGUGUUGGGUUGUAUUUUUUAAAUUUUUGCCUGGUAACCUUAUGAGGGCGCUUAAGACUAUGCAAAGAGACUCUUCCUCCGAAUAACCUCUGCAGAAGCAUCUCUCCGGUGAUGCGUUUCCUCGUGUGAGAGAAAGCUAACAACAACAACAAAAACCCCGCCAUUGGGGCAGUAGCUGUUUUUGUGAAGAGCAGCGAGGAGCUUUUGUGAAAAGCCGGCGAAGCGGGCAUUCUUAUUAGCUUGGCCCCCGGCCAUCCCGAGGGAGCGCGGGCGAGCAGGGAGGCGCAGGCUGCGUCGCCACAGCAGGUGAACAAGCCGCCUCGGCCUUUCCUUCCAGCCAAGGGGAACCGGGGGCUAAGCCAUGAUGCUUUCAGAAAGCCGCCAGCCUGAGCGGCGAGGAAAGCAAGCGCCGACCUGCUUUUGUCCUUCGGAAUAGCAGCAGCUCGGCACCGGCCCUGGUCUUUCCUCCUCCUCCCCGGGCGCCAGGCCGCGCGCGCCGCAAAUGGCUCAGCAAAGGCGCAUCAAAAUGGGGAGAGUUGGAGGGAAAUCAGAGGGUGAGUAGAGAGGGUCGCCGCCGGGAGCCUCCCAGAGUAAAAAAAAGGCGGGAAGGGAGAAGGUGGCGGAGAAACGGGGAAACCGACAGAGCAAUCCUCGGCUUGUUUACUGGGAAGGAAGGGGGCGUUUUCGGCGGGGCUUUGCUCCAGUGUAAAUGGAGACGAGAGUGCAGCCUCGGGCUUCCGCGCUCUGCCUCGCUAGCCAAUUCGCGUGUUGCUCUCAGACGCGGGAGCACUGGAUGCGGUAGGAAAACCAGCCCAGCGAGAGGAAAUAGCCCUUCCCCUCACUCGAAAGCUGCAGCUUCCCGCGAGGAGGGGGCGAAGCAGGUCGGCGACUCCCCUGCGAUCCUUGCCGAAGCAUUGAUGGCGCAGGGAGUUAUGGGGAGCGGAGGGUUUAAUACGGCAGCAAUAGCCAGCGAGAAUGGUCACGGUGAUUUCCUCUGUGGGCGUCUAACAGCUUCAUAUCUGGUUGCAUUGAGGGUAUUAUUAUUAUUAUCCUCUUCCAGGUUGUAUUUGAUGCAGUAAUUAUAAUGAAAGGCUCUUUCGGUCCCCUAAACAGAUUAUCCGCAAGGUGGCUCCUUGCAUUUUGUAUCUCUCUUAAAAAAAAAAAAGUUGUGCGAAACAUCCUAGCAAGUUAAAAACCCUGUAGCCAGCAGGAUUGACAACACAGUAUUCAAAUGCACCUGCCGGCCUAAUAACUUGGUGCUGCAAAGAAAUGGUAGCUCUUAAAUAAAGUGGGGUUUGAGGUGUUUGUUUUUAGGGAUGUUGAAACUUUGGUUUGGCUGCUGCGUUUCCCUCUUGUUGGGGUGGCACUUAGGGUGCCUAGAAGGAUGUUUCUCUGCUAUUGCUGAAUGGUCCUGAGCCCAAAUGGAGUAAUUGGAGUCCUUGAUGUUAAAGGAGAACAUAAAUACACCAGGCAUUGUGGAAACCUGGUAGAAUGAAGGGUGAGAUGUGGUCAUCUCUAGAUAAAAAUGCUAUAUAGCAGUGGCGACUUUUUUCGGCUUGAAAGCCGCAUUCACUGUAUGCCAGCCCUCUGAGGGCCACAUGCCACUGGUGGGCAUGGCCAAAGCAAAAGUGGGUAUUGUUAAAGCAGGCAUUGCCACCCCAACCACACACACACCCAUCUCACAAACAGCACAUGCACUCGCCACAGAUACCACACAAAGAGAGAUCUGGGGGGAGAUUCAAAAGGCUUUCUUUCCUGCCCAGUGUGCACUAAUCUUUCUUGUCACGGGGGGGGGGGGUAUACUGGGUUAGAGAGGUGAGGGGCUUUUAUCCAGUGGGGGGUGGGGUGGCUGCAAGGAUUGCCAGUAAAUGGGGUCAAGGAUGACCAGCCAUCGCAGUGGCUUAGUGUGCCUGAUAUGGGUUGCAGAUUUGCUAUGUCUGCUUUACAAGAAGGAUAGGGGAGGGAGUGGUGUCACUCUAUAGUACAAGGAUAUAGUGCCAAGCAAAGCAAGAGGAAUCUCAGUUUUACUCUACCUUUAUCCUGUUUUUCAUGUAAUUAUCUCCUAAAACAUCUCACAUCAAUUAAAAAACAGACAGGCGCAGUGCCAUCAGGCUUACAAAGAAGCACAAGAGAAGUGAAAAGCAAAGGUAGAGGAGAUAUAUCAGUUCUUUGAGGCCAAAACAAAGAGAUGAGCAGGCACUUAUAUCCAUUGGGGCCAGGAUGAUCUUUCCUUGAAGUUGGUAGCUCUUUUUUCCCCCUUUUUUUAACCAGCUGAUGGAGCCAGCACACCCUUUUCCCCAUGCUUCUGCACAAACAUGUAACUAAAAUGAUCAAGGGGCCAGGUGGAGCAAAGAGCAGCUCCUCUUUGCAGAAUGGUUACCAAGUUUGGGCUUUUUAGAUUAGAAAAUAUUAAAGCAACGUAUAAAAUCAGGCACCAUGUGGAAAUCCAUUUGCAUAAUUAUAAAAUCUGAUAUUAUCCAAUGAUUCCAGAUGCUGGAAGAUUCAGGACAAGACCCAAGGAAGUACAUCAUUGCAUAGCAUGUAAUUAAGCUAUGGACGUAGUGAUGCCACCAACUAGGAUGACUUUAACAGGGGAUUAGACAAAUUUGUGGAAUAUAUACUGCAUCCAGUAUCAACAGCAGCAUGCCUCUAAAAUACCAGUUACUGAGGAACACCAGCAGGCGAGUGCUAUUGUAUGUGCUGCUGGUGGGCUUCUCAUAGGUGUCUGGCUGGUCAUUUUAGGAAGACAACGCUAGGCUGAAUGGGUGUCUGGUCUGAUGCCACUGGAUUCUUCUUCUGUCUGAACAAAAUAGAGUGAAACAAAAAAGUACAUAUAAACAUCUGUUCACAGUUUGGGAAUGACAUUGCUGGCUGACAUUUAUUGGGUGUGUGGGUGUUUGUGUUUGUGUAUAAAGCUAAGAAUUUCCCUCUUAUUUUGAUUCUCCAAAGCAGAUUUUGGAAGGAAAUUUCAGAAAGCCAUUUUUAUUCUCUUAAAUAUGUAAAGAAUUCUACAAAUAACCCACACCUUCCUAAUUGCCCUCUGCUAUCCAGUGCCAUUAUAAUCAAUGUGAGUUUUGUUAGUUAGUUAGUUAAUUAAUUAAUUUCUAUACUGCCCUCCAUCUGAGUAUCACAGGAUGGUUUACAAUAUAAAAACACAAAAAUACAUGUUGACUUCCCAGGGAAGUAUUCACUCAGCCAUUGACGCCUGUAAAGCUGUGCCUUGAUUCUGAUUUCAUCACGCUCUGGAUUUCAAAAUAUAUUGAAUGUCAUAUUUGUCCAUGAUUUAUGAUGUCUUAACAGGUUUGUAUGGCUUCUGACUAGAUUUACAGUAAGCUUCUUUAUCAGUUUCUGUCAAAUUGCGAUGUGAAUUUAAAAUUCAAUAUGGGAAUUACGAAAAGUGAUUAAGGAAAGCAGUCCCAAGCCAGUACCAAAUAAUGUGGCAAACUACUGGUGAGAGACAAUUCUGAUGAGCUUAUUACUAUUCUUAGCCCUGAUUAGCCCACAGCAAUAAUCCAGUAGCACCAAUUGAACUCUUCCAGUAAAACCUUCUGUAUGGGUGUUGAUGCCAAAGCAUAUUACAGUAAAUGGGAUUUUCAGCAUUCCUUUCUAUGCAUAGGUGCCAACUCCCAGGGGCCAAGAUCCCUUCAGCCCCCCCCCCCCCCCGAAAUAUUUGAGGAGGCCAGGGCCUCACAAAUUUGAUAGGCAUUGCCAUUCAAAUGUGUGUCAUAUGGCCGAUUAUGCAAGGUGCUCACCUGCCCCCCCUCCCGUCCCCCAGUAUUUUAUUUCUGUGGGAUGAUGUUUGCUUGUUAUUAAGAAGUCUGAGAAAGACCUCCUACACAGUUUUGAAUAAUUAAACAUUACUGCUACCACACUAAUUUAGAAGCCUUUUCACCUGCAAUAAUAUAAAUAAACAGCCUGAAAUCCAGGUCACUAAAUGCUCAAUAUGACUUUUUAAACUUUGGACAGCGCUGCACACACAAGCCACACCUCCAGCCUCCCUAGGUAUGCUCCUCUUUUAGAUGUCUGCAGAGGUCUGUUUUGUUAUAAAGCUACUCAUGGCCAGAGCUCUGCCUUAUCAGGGAUUCCAGUCAUGGGGAGGUUUCUAAGUGUGUUCAACCAAAAAUGCUUGGAAAUCCUUGCAUGCAAGCUUCAGCCUCCACCUGCAAUCUAAGGCAUUGCAUGUUCAGAUUCUAAUAUCUGCUUCAAUAUCUGAAGCAAUAUGUGGAUAUACUUGAAAAACUAGAUGAGGUUUUGAUUUUAAGAAAGGUUUCAGAGGUAAUAAAUGUUUCAGAGGCUUUAAAUGCUGGGAGGCUUUAAAUCAAUAAUGGGAGAGACAGCAAAAUAAUUCUAUAGCUGUCAAGUUGAUGGUCAAAUGCUCUAUGCAAAGGGACCACAAACUGCUCAUUGGAGAACUAAAAAUUGCUUUUAAAAAUGUUUAUAUUGGGGAAAAUGAAAGCAAAAGGAAGAAAAUAAACAUUCAGGUAACCUCCUGUAUAACUGUUCCAAUGGAAUGAGAAUUCUGUGCACUGUUUAAAGGAAAAGCGCUUCAAAUUGCUUAGCAACAAUAAUCUAAUUUCUCCCUCUUACGUACAGAGUGGAUAUAUCUGUACACUAUAUAGUGGUUUCUGGAAAGUGAACAUCUUCCAGCUCAGUACAUUUUUCAUAUCCUGUUAAAUAAGUUCUAUUUUUAAACUUUCAUUAAGCAAAUCUAUAAUCCACUCGCAUUCACUCCACAGAAUAAAGCAUAAGAAGAAAUAUGAAUAUGUGUAGGCAGCUGCCUUAGGUACUGUAACUAGGGAUAAUGCCUUUGUUUGCCUCAGAAUUCUGAAAUAUAUGCCAAAGUAAAACCCAGGCCCCUAAAUCCAGAUUUAUCUUUUUUCUUGGUGAAUUCUUCUCCAAUAUGUGUGCUGCUUUGUUGGAGAAGGUUUCAGUGUGUAAAUAUUAAUUGAUGACUUGAAUAAUUUACUGAACAUAUGGCAAGCCUAUGGGCAUACUGAGAAUUACCUGAUCCAUUGCAUUGUUCAAUAUGGGCUGCAUAUGAAAUUGAGCUGUCAGAUAUUGUUUAAUUAACCUUCACUUCCUUUUUUCACUUCAAAACAUAUUUAUCCCUCAGGCCUUUGGUUCUGUUACAGUUUUGUCACCUCCUGACUUCAUUUUAUGUGGUUUUUUUCCUUAUUCUUCUCUUGUGUCAUACAUCACUGCAGACAGAUGAGCAUUGUAUUACAGCCAGCUUCUGCAGGUGCAACCUUUCAGAUUACACAGAAGUCUUUGUCAGUAAGAAUGGAAAGAAGGUUAAUUCUCAAUAUGUAUAUUGCAUAUCUGCUGCUUUUAGAUGAUGUGAAUAAUAAAUAUACCCAAAUUCCUUCUCCUGGUCAUAACAAGAUCCCAAUUCUCCAGAAAGUUUAAUUUUGCAUGGAGAAAAAAAUAACACAUUUUAUAUCAUUGUUCUUUUUCUUUACAAACCUCUCAUUAAGGGUUUUCACUGUGUUAAUUUAUAUCUGAGGAAGCUUUUAAAUUUUCCUUCUCUCAUUCAUGUUCUGAAAACAUACAGUUGAAUCCUAUAGAUGCCUUCUACUCACAGAUAAGUCCCUUGGAGUUUAAUGGGACUUUCUUACAUAUACAGUCAUACCUCGGGUUAAAGUCGCUUCAGGUUGAGCGUUUUCAGGUUGCAUUCCAUGGCGACCCAGAAGUAACGGAAUGGGUUGCUUCCGGGUUUUGCCGCUCGCGCAUGCGCAGACGCUCAAAAUGACAUCAUGCGCAGAAGCGGUGAAUUGCGACCCGCACACGUGCAGACGUUGGUUGUGUUCUGCUCAGGAUGCGAACGGGGCUCCGGAACGGAUCCCGUUCGCAUCCAGAGGUACCACUGUAUAUAGAAUUGCAGUGUACUAUAGCUCCCCCCUCAAAUUUAAAUGUUGCUUUUAAAAACACUAUUUUAAAAAUUAUGCAGAAUUUGGACCAAUGAGUUUGAAUAUUCAGAACAUUUUUAAUUCCCCAAAACUGAGGAGACCCUUUCAUAAGUCUUAAAUAUCCAAAAAAGGGAACAGACUCUCCAGUAUCGUACUCUCCAAUGUAUGAAAGCAAAGUUUCUAAUGUGGCUAACAGAGAGCUAACUACUAACAAAAUAAUUAGCAAGGCAGUUGUAAACUGUAGGCUAGAACCAUAGUUAAUCUUUAGCUCAUCUAGAAUUGUGUGAUUUGAUACCUGCUUGGAAUGAAUUUAAACCAUGUGCAAUAUAAGUAACCUUGCAGUAGGUAUAAGUUGAAAAUUGCUUUUUUCAUCCUCUUGGGCAGAAAAAGGCACAAAAUGGAAAAAGCACCGACUUCUGGCUGAGAAUGAAGAAUGCGGAGCACACUGUGACUGCCCUCCUGAUUCUCUUCCUUUAGCCACAGCUUGAAGUUACAUUCACCUGACAUUAUAUAUGACACUGGGCCCAGGAAAAGUGAGUGUAGUUUGCCCACAAUGCCUUGGUGGGCCAAACACUGAGCCCUGGUGGGCAUAAUUAGAUCCAUGGGCCAAAGUUUUCCCACAGCUGUUGUAAACCAUGGGUGGGUAUUGUGGUCGCUUUUGUACACAGAGUGCAAGCAUGCAAACUUCCCUCUCCUGAUAUGUACAGAAGAUUUUUUUUCCAGUGGGUGCUUAUUAGUUCCUGUGGUAGUUUAUACUUAUCAGUGACAGCUGGUCUCUGUUGGGCCUAGUGAUUUCUAUUGGAGAAUAAUCCUAGCAUGUAGAAGUUUUACUCAAAAGUGGAUGGUAAUAUCUUUCCUUAGAAAUUACAGUGGUACCUCGCAAGACGAAUGCCUCGCAAGACAAAAAACUCGCUAGAUGAAAGGGUUUUUGGUUUUUUGAGUUGCUUCGCAAGACGAUUUUCCCUAUGGGCUUGCUUCGCAAGACGGAAACGUCUUGCAAGUUUGUUUCCUUUUUCUUAAAACCGUUAAUACAGUUGUGACUUGACUUCGAGGAGCAACUCAUAGCACGCGGUGUGGUAGCCUUUUUGAGGUUUUUGAAGACUUUGGUGAUUUUUGAAGCUUUUCCAAAACUUUUCCGACACCGUGCUUCGCAAGACGAAAAAAACCGCAAGAUGAAAAAACUCGCGGAACGAAUUAAUUUCGUCUUGCGAGGCACCACUGUAGUCAGAAAUCAUAUGCACUAUUUCACAAAAUGAACAAAGACUGCAGCCUUCUACUCUCUUAACUGGGGGUAAUAAGCCAUAUUGAACUCAAUGGAGGUUACUUCUGAGUAGGCUCAGUAAAUUUAUCUGUACCUGUUUGUUGAAGGCGGGGGGGGGUUACAUUUCUGCAUUUCGUUUCCCUCUGACAUAACAGUUUACAAUAAGCAUCUGGUAAAUUCUGGGGUGAUGAUAAUAUCAUCCAACAUUUAUAUAACAUGGAUAUCUAUGCUUACAGUAUCAGAGACAGUAGACCUUGCUCCCCCUUUUUCUACAUACACCUAUGCUUUUAAGAGCUGCAGGAGAAGCAGAUACUCAACAUAUACCUUACCCAAGAAUGGAAAUUUUGGAGUCUGCUGCCCUCAAAGUCUAUGAAAAUGCUUCAUUCUAUAAGUCAAUAUGGAAAACGCACUACAUUUUCAACAGCCAAACUAAAUUGUAACCACAUAUUAGUAAAAAAAAUAAUGAGGCUGCUACUGCAGGUUGUAUUAUUAUUAUUAUUAUUAUUGUUAAAUUUGUAUACUCCCCUAUACCCACAGGUCUCAGGGUUAUAUACUGUUACAGGAUAACAGAUUUCACAGAUUGUAAACACUGAAAAGAUUCUUGCCUUGUUGGCUCUCAAAACAUGUUUCUGCAGCCUACAAAGAAACUAUUACCAGUGCACGGGCUCAGAACAGCAAAAGCAUAAUUCUUGUGACUGGCUCUGGGGGGCUGCUGUAGGUCCACCCUGACACCUUUGUUAAUCUGACAUGUCUUGAUAUGCUAAUUGUGUGUCCUGAUUGGGUAGUGCUGCCAUCCAAGAGGAAGAUAGAAAUCUGGCCAAAUUGAGGAUCCAGCAUCCCUGGUAAAAUGUGCCCCAACCUGGAGACAAGAGGUGGAGACCUGCUUGCAUAGCAGUGCUUUGUGACUGGCUGCGCAGAAAGGCAAUUUCCCCUUGGAAUUGUUUCUGUCUUUGCAGUGAGCUAGGCAAUCACCUCUCUGCACAGCCACUUACAAGGUAUAGAUUUAUGGUCUUUAAAGGGAAUUUGGGGGGACAGAUUUUGGCGGGACAGUGCACUGGUAGCCCUGUUUGAGAAACCGCUCCUUAGACAUUCGAUUUAAAGCAUGCUUAUGAGUAUAACAAAGAAUCAGAAACCACAAUUAACAUACAUUCUUCAUUUCCCGCAGUGGGCUCUGCAACCUUCUGUAGUCAAUUUUGUUCUGUAUUUUCCCAUAACAGCCAGUAGCAUUGUUAAACUGUUUGUGAUAAAUAGCUCCAGAUGCUUUUAAAUUAAAAGGACAUUUUAGUUAAGCCUCUUCGGGGAGCAGUAAAAAAAAAAGAACUGCAUUUUACUUAUUUGUCCUGUCACUACUACUUCCAGAUGGCCUCGUCAACAUCUGCUGCAAUUGAGACAUUUCACUGCAAUAAAGAUUAAAUAGCUGUGUUGAAUGGCCAUUCUCUGAGGUUCAAGACUCUCUGCGUUUCUGGUAAAUUCUAUGCAAAAUACAGAAAACGUGAUACUUCAGAGUAUAGUGAAAGGGUUUUGUGUGUCGCAAUUUAUCCAUGACAUCUUUCUACAUGAUUAAUUUGCUGCGUGUACAACUGAUGUUGUGUGCACUAGCUGUGGCAAUCAUAUGUUAUGUUUCAAAAACUGAGGAAGGAAAAUAAGCAUGUCCCCCGUCCUCUCCCCCAAGGGAAGGGAGAGAGCGAGGAAGGGGAAAGGCCCCCAACAACACAGCACGGCUCUCCCCCCCCCCCCGCCCAGUAUGCAGCCAGGAGCAGCAAGGAAGGGAGCGGCUUAUAUUCAGAUUUUUUUACUUCCCCCCUGCCUCCAAUUUUAAAUGUGUUGCUUAUAUUCAGGUGCGGCUUAUAUUUGGGGCAAUACGGUAUAUAUAAACCCACCCACACCAACACACCCCAAAGAGCCUUACAAGUGACAAGUCAGUGGGGUUAAUCCUCUACCAGUCAUACUCAGAUUAUACUUCAACUUUUCCUUUAUAUCCACUUCAAAUCAUAGUCCCAAAUAUAAACUUUGGUUCCCUCUAAAAUGUAACUAUUUUAGUCUAUUCCUCUUCCACUGGUGCGUGCAAACUUCAAAACUGGUCUUUAAUGGCAGCCUCCUGUUUCUUUAUUAUGAUCUCCCUUUGAAGAGUAAUCUGGACUACAUUUUCUGUAGCUGAUGAAGAGGCCACUGUAUGAAAUACUCAACCUCAGGGUUUUUGUUUACCGGUAUUUGUUCUAAGGUAGGAUUGGCUGUCUUGAGUGCAUUUUCUUUGGUAUACCACAUUCAUUUUGAAUGCCUGUUCUCAGGCCUGCCUGAUUUAAAUAUUUCCUUUAUUGUUGGUUGUUUUAAUGCUGUUGUUACCCCGGCUUGGGAUAUGAAUAUAAAUAGCUAACUAUAUAGAUAGAUGUCCCUAUCUGAGUCAAAAUGCUUCAGAAGUUGGUUGGGGCAAGAAUAAUGCAUCGGUAGCCUUAUGUUGCUAAGAAAUGCACUGUAAACGGAAAAAAACUGUUGAGUUACUACUUCUUCAAAGCUGGAAAUUAUCCAUUUCCCCACUGCCUUAUAACAGAUUACUAGGAAUACAAGGCUGAUAGAUCAGCAUCUUUGUCCUGAUUGACAUUAUUCCAGACAGGCUUGAUGCCUGCCCCAAGUGGUUUCUGCUUUCCCACUACAAGUAUUUAGUCUCUCUUUAAAGGGAAAAUCAUCUGUCACCAUGGAUCCAGUAUAAUUUCCCUGCUGAGGAGAGUAAUAAAUUUGAUUACCACAAGCUUUGCGACACCUUCCUGUUUAUGGUUUUUCUUGAACCUCAAGGGAGUCCAUGACUUUCACAUGCAAUGGUGUCUGCAGAAGGUUUUGUUUGUGUGCUCGAAGGGUAUGAUCUGAAGACACCUGAGGUUACUGCUUUGCUGGAGCUAAUUAGGGUUGGGUUGGGACUGCAGAUAAAGCCAUGUUGGGGAUCUUUAGGAAGGGGAUUGAAAAUAAAGCUGCCAAUAUUAUAAUGCUCUUACAUUUGGAAUACUGUGUACACGUUUGGUCACCUCGUCACACACACAAAAAAGGUGUAGAAAUGGAAAGGUUUCAGAAAUGGGCAACUGAAAUGAUCAAGGGAUUGGAGCAACUACCCUUUGAGAAAAUGUUACAAAAUUUGGGGCUUUUUCCUUUAGGAAAAAGGCAAGCAGUGCAUGAUAGAGACUUCUUCACACAGGACAUAGUUAAAGUAUGGAAUUUGCUUCCACAAGAUGUAGUCAUGGCCACUAACAGUGUCGGCUUUGAAAGAGGAUCAUGGGCAUUCGUGUGCAAUGGUUGUUAGCUAUGAUGACUGUGUUCUACCUGUAUUUGAUCAAUGGUUACUAGCUGUCUCCUCCUCCCACUGCUGGAGGCAGUAUGCCUCUGAGUAUCAGUUGCUGGAAAUCACAAGUGGGGAGACUGGAGUUGCAGUCAGGUCCUGCUUGUGGGCUUCCUAUAUGUUGGAUGCACUGGGAAUAUGGAGCUAGGUGGUCCUUCGGCCCGAUCCAGAAGGCCUCUUCUUAUGUUCUUGUGAAAGGCAGGAUAUAAAUGCAAGAAAAACAAACAAACCCUACAAGCACAACCUGAUCCACAGAGAGAAACGAUCUUAAAAAGAUAUGCAGUGUUUCCUUUCUCAUAAACAGCUUGCCAUCAGUAUGUACAUUCCUCUGUGGAAGAGUCAGAAGCAAAGAUCAGGAGCGCUGAGGGAGAAAAAACACAUCCAAGAUUAUUGCUGAGACCAUACAGCCCUGACUCCGUUCCAAAGCUAUCUGAUCUGUGUAAGGCUCCACUGUUAUGACAGUCAAUACAAAUGUAAUAAUCACAACUUCCCAAGUCAUACAGGGAAUUGUGGUGAGAUGCUGAUAAUUCGUUUUAAAGGCCCUCACAGAACUACAAGUCCCAUGGUUCACAGGAAAGGGGGGAAUGACUAGUAUAAUUAUGUCCUCAAAAUUGUUGUGGGGAGAGGGGACUGAUACUUGCACACCUGGGCUAUAUCUCUUCUUGUACCUGUAAUCUCAAACCCAACAAAAUUAAUGGCAAGUCAACUAGCUUGCAAGCAUUGUUGUAUACGAUAACAUAGGUUGUUGCUUGUGAGAGGAGAGCCCAUGCUGCUAUACACCAUUAAAUCUCUGAGCUGUCGUUUUUGCUGCUAGAAACCCAGAUGCUAGAACACUGGUAUAACUUUCCUGAUCCUCUGGGUAAGAACUCCUCUCCCCUAACAUUCAUUCCAUUGGGAAACACUGUGCUCUCAACUUUUAAAUUGGUAAUAACUGCUACAAGCAUUUUAAUGCAUUGAGGCAGUGUAAAAUUAGAAAUGGGUUUUAAAACACAAUUCUGCAGAUCCGCAGUACGAAAGAUAUAGGACAUGUAGAACAAAUAUUUUUCAUUCUUUUGCAUCUUCAAUUAAUUCACUAUAUAGAAAUUUUAUUCUACACAAAAUAAUACUAGAAGCUAGUUCUUAGGUUGGGCUUUUAUUUCAUAGAGUAGGGUUCAGUUACAGAACAGACCCUUUGAAAUUAAUGUACCUAACUUAGUUAUGUUCAUUAGUUUCAAUGGGUCUGUACUGAACCCAUAAUAAGUAUUCCGAUUGAAUAAUUGAGGAGAUAAACGCAAGAUGAACAACAUUUAUUCCCAUUCAUAAGUGAAUAUCCCACAUUGGGUAAGGUAGUAGGGUGAUAACGACCAACCUAAACAGCCAUUAAAAGUUGCCUAUGAAAGAUUGGGAAAGAUUGAGGGCGCAAGGGGAAGGGGACGAAAGAGGACCGGAUGAUUGGACAGUGUUCUCGAAGCUACUAACAUGAGUUUGACCAAACUGCAGGAGGCAGUGGAGGACAGGAGUGCCUGGCGUGCUCUGGUCCAUGGGGUCAUUGUUAUGUAUUGAAGUUCUCACCCUGGGCCAGCAGGGGGAUACUGUAGAUAGUUAUGCAAAUGAAGGAUCGAAAGUGACGUUUAGUGAUUGGAUAGUUUUGUAUGCAAAUGAAGGAUCGAAAAGUGACGUUCAGUGAUUGGAUAGUUUUAGAACGUUGCAACAGUUACAAUUGUUCUGUAGCUCUAUAUAAGCAGGCUGGCUGAGCUCCUCAGUUCAGUUCUGUCUGACAUCUGAAUAAAGAAGAGCUGUUUGAAGAAUUGCUGUGUCGUCUGCUAUGUUCACCCACAACUUAACACUGGCGACGAAGGUGGGAUUGAUGGACAUCAGAGCACAGCCAGAUGCAGCCACCCUCUGAGCUGAGCUGAAUCACUGAGCAAAAUCACGGAACAGAACCAAUUCAGAGCUGACUGUUCUGGCUAGAGCACGGUGUUCCAUCCAUUGCCCUCCACGCCGGCAUCGGAAUCAUGGCUUCACUUGUGCCUCUACCACCGUUUGUGCCAGCCUCUGAAUCAUGGGACUCCUACCUCGCUCGGUUCGACUGCUACCUCCAAGCCAACGAGAUGACAGCAGUAUCAGAGGAACGGAAGCGGGGCCUAUUCCUCAGCCUCUGUGGGCCUGAGGUGUUUGAGACGGCCCGAGCAUUGGUUGCGCCGGAAGCAGUCCAGGCAACACCGUGGGACACGAUCCAAGAGAAGCUCUGCAACCACUACGCGCCAAAGCCGUCCAAGAUUGCUGCCCACCAUGCGUUCUACCACCGGAACCAGGUAGAGGGGGAGUCAAUUAACAACUACACCACCGCCCUGCAACAGGCUGCAAUGCACUGCGAGUUCCGAGACUUAGACGAUGCCCUGAUGGAUUGAAUUGUCUGCGGGGUCCGGGACAUCCAUCUGCAACGGCGUCUCCUCGCCAAGCCAGACCUCACGCUACAGAAAGCCAUUGAGGAGGCUGUGGCCUCAGAAGCUGCUGAAAGCUCCGCCCAGGAGAUCCGCAAGUCCAGCAGCCCGCAUCUUGCUAGGAAGCCAGUUCCAGUGCAUCACGAAGAGGCCAGCAGUGAUGAGGCAUCCUCCAGUGAAGACGAUGACGUGCACCAGACAAAGCGGGAGCGCAGGAAGUUCCAACAGAAGUCCAAGGGCCAACUGGAAUGUGCCAGCUGCGGAGGCAACCAUUCCCAUGCCAAGUGUCGAUUCAGAGACGCCAUUUGUCAGACAUGUUCCAGAAGGGGCCACAUCGCUAAGGUCUGCCGAUCGGCUCCAUCUGACACCCCCCCUUCACCGACUCGCAAGUCCAAGUCUUCACUCCAGUCUGCCAAGGAAAGCUGUUUCGCUCUCACCAACUGCCGCUGCCCGUCUGGAACCACGAUUGGCCAAACCGACUCGCCGAUGCGACGCAAGCUGAAUGUCACGGUGCUCAUUGAAGGAACUCCAUGUGACAUGGAGAUUGACACCGGGUCUGCCCUGUCCAUCGUGUCUUGGAGCACCAUCAAAAGACUGGUACCCAGAGUGUCCAAAAGGCAACUCGUCAUCGGGUCAUCGGGUGGCUUUCAAUGCGGUCAAGGCUCUCCUUUCAUCGGACAGUGUGUUGGUACAGUACAGUGAAGCCAAGCCGCUGGUCCUUGCCUGCGACGCCUCACCUUUUGGCAUCGGCGCUGUCCUUAGUCUCCGUUUUCCAGACGGAAGAGAAGCACCGCUCGCCUACUUUUCCAGGACGCUGUCUCCAACGGAACGGAAUUACAGCCAGCUCGACAAGGAGGCACUGGCACUUGUGGCUGGAGUGAAGAGGUUCCAUGAAUACCUCUAUGGCAGGACUUUUGACCUCAUCACUGACCACAAGCCGCUCCUGGGCCUCCUCGCCGGUGAUCGUCCAACUCCACUGGUCCUCUCGCCACGCAUGCUGCGAUGGACUGUUUUCCUGGCUGCCUACCACUACCGGCUCGUCCAUCGCCCGGGGAAAUCGAUGGGCCAUGCCGACGCCCUCAGCCGUUGCCCUCUUCCAGCGUUUGUGGAAGACCCGGCUCCAGCAUCAUUGCUCCUCCUGAUUGAGGAUCUUCCGGCAGCGCCUGUAUCGGCUGCCACUGUGGCCUCCGCAUCUGCCCAGGAUCGCACCAUCAGCUGUGUGCUCAACUGGGUGUGGAGGGGGUGGCCACAAGGGCCUUUUGCAUUGGAGUUCCAACCGUUCGCAACCAGACAACAUGAACUCUCGGCUCAUCGCGACUGUCUGCUGUGGGGAGACCGCGUCGUGAUUCCCCAAAGACUCCGUCAACGCGUCCUGGAGGCUCUGCACGUUGGCCACCCGGGAAUUGUCAAAAUGAAGGCGUUGGCUCGGUGUUACGUCUGGUGGCCUAACAUGGACAAUGCCAUCACUGCCUGGGUGUCCGCCUGUCAAGCGUGCCAAGAAUCGAGGCCUGCACCACCGGCAGCUAAGGGACCUGGGAGAUGCCCAAGACACCCUGGUCGAGGGUGCACAUCGAUCUGGCCGGUCCCUUUCACGGCCAGACCUUUAUGGUAGUGGUGGAUGCCUAUUCCAAAUGGCUGGAGGUGGCCCUGAUGCCCUCCACCACUACCGAGGCCGUCUUCCGGGUGCUGCAAGGCCUCUUUGUGACGCAUGGGUGUCCUGAUGUCCUUGUCUCUGACAACGGACCACAGUUCACGUCAGGCACUUUUGAGCGGUAUCUUUUGGGACUGGGCAUCUGCCAUGCCCUAACGGCACCAUUUCAUCCAUCCAGCAACGGGCAAGCGGAGAGAAUGGUGCGCUCAGCAAAAGAGGCACUGGCACGCCUGGACUGGGGAGACUGGCAUGAGUGGGUCGCCAAAUACUUGUUCGUACAACACAUCACCCCUCAUGCGGCCACAGGGCGGAGUCCUGCUGAACUGCUUAUGGGCCGACGCCUCAGGUCCCCACUCGACCAGCUGCACCCAGACUUUGCUGUGGCCGAACCCCCAUGCUGUGCCAACGCGCCACGGUCAUUUGUUCCCGGAAACCAGGUCUUUGCCCGUAACUUUGUGGGGGACAUUCUUUGGGUGCCAGCCACAGUAGUGGGAGUCACUGGACCUCGCUCGUACCAGGUGGCACUCGAAGACGGACGCUUGUGGCGCCGGCACAUAGACCAGCUUAGGCGCAGGGUUGGGGACUUGGACACUACCGUGGUGCCCCCAACUGCGCUUGUGGCUCCGGAACAGACACUUACAGAUAGUGAGGCUCCACCUACACCUCUUUCGCAAACUGCUGGCGGGGAGCUGAACCAAGCUGCUUCAGAGGGCCUGCCAGACUUACCACAGACUCAGACCACUGCCAUACCUGACAUUCCGCCAACUCCACUUGCAGAGGUUCCACCCACAGCAGCGGAUCCAGGGGACUUGGUUUCAACGCCACCUAGGGUCGCACCACAGCCUCAGCAGGAAUUGGGUGGCCCCCCCGGACUUGGCUACCAGUCCCCGGCGGUCUGACAGAGUUUCCAAGCUCCCAACUUAUUUAAAGGACUAUGUUGUUGGACAUGUAUCACUGUUGGUCUAAGUAUGUGAAAUGUAACCGAUAUGCUCUUGUGCCUAAUUGAAUCAUUACGUGUAGUGCUGUAUAUAAGGAAACCAUUACAAUUGUAACUAACGCCUUAUCUCGGUGGGGAGGGGUGUUAUGUAUUGAAGUUCUCACCCUGGGCCAGCAGGGGGAUACUGUAGAUAGUUAUGCAAAUGAAGGAUCGAAAGUGACGUUUAGUGAUUGGAUAGUUUUGUAUGCAAAUGAAGGAUCGAAAAGUGACGUUCAGUGAUUGGAUAGUUUUAGAACGUUGCAACAGUUACAAUUGUUCUGUAGCUCUAUAUAAGCAGGCUGGCUGAGCUCCUCAGUUCAGUUCUGUCUGACAUCUGAAUAAAGAAGAGCUGUUUGAAGAAUUGCCCACAACUUAACAAUCAUGAAGAGUCGGACAUGACUAAACGGCUAAACAAAAACAACAUGAAAGCCACAGCUUUUCUGGCAUAGCCCUUGUUCUAGUUAUAACCUCCAAUUAAAAAAUGAAUAUUUAGUUAUUAUUUUGUUUCACACAGUUAACCUCUGUGUUGAAAACACAGCAUGAAAUAAGUGUUCUAAUGCUGAGAUAAUACUCUCUGGGAUAUUAAAUAUUAAACUUCAAUAUUUCACCACAGAAAAGUAUGCACUCCAACUGGAUGUGUCUUUGCUGUCCAUAAUAGUAAGCUUCAUUAACUCUUUUAAUUUACAGUAACAUUCCCAAACGCACUUUAAAACGAGCAUGAACUGCAUGCUCAUAAAAAAAUGCUCUUAAUGUAUAUUAAGAAAUAAUUGCAUAGACACAAAUCAUUAACAGUUAAGUCUUACUAAAUAUGUUUUAAUAUUACCACUCUCAGUUAAUUUACACUGUCUUAUUAAGUUGAGAUAGCUACAUUUAAUGACAGCUAAUGUGUUUUCAGAUACUACCUAAUUAUAACCUUAAAAAUAACACUUGCCCACCAAGCCACUUUGUAAGCAGUUCCCUGGUUGUGACAUUUACUUGCAUUUUGAAGGAAGGGCUAACCUCUGGCAGCAGCAGCAGCAGCGUCCUUAGUGUCUGCAUUCAUUCCAUGGGGCGCCAUGCCCCAGCCUUUGUCAGCAGAUAGCAAAAAUAGCAGUUUCUAGCUGAUUCAGUAGCUUCUGCCAUACUUUCAGGGCAGAUGCUGUCCCAUGGCUACAGUGAUGAUGUACGGUUUAAUAGUCACAUGAAACAUAAUCAAGCAUAGAAAUGGAAAAACCCAAUGAAAGUGACGAGUGGGAUGCUGUGGGGUUCUCUCCUGUGCCCAUCAUUGUUCAACAGCUUUAUAAAUGACUUGGACAAACGAACUGAGAUGCUCAUCAAAUUUGCAGAUGACUCCAACCUGGGAGGAGUAGCUAAUGCCACAGAAGACAGAAUUGGGAUUCAAUAUUAAUUUUAUUUAUUUAUUUAAUAAAAUAAAUAAAAAAUCAGCAUGAGAAGGACAUAAAUAUCCAAUGGGAGAUUAACAGAUUAAAGGCACCCUCCUAAGACUAAGGAGGAAGAAAACUAUUUUGAGAAGGAGUUUUACAAUCUCUACAGCAGCACGUUAAUGGAAUUAGUCAGGAAGAGUGAAAUAUAUUUCCCUUACAUUUCUCCAUAUAUUGUUUAAUAAUACACAAGCAUAAAAAUGCAAUAGCAAGAAGCAGAGCAAUUUCCCCAUUUUUGCAAGAUGCGCAGUAUGUCUGAAAUAUGUUUUGUAUCUUUUAAUGUCUGUGGGUUUGUUUUGUUCGUUUUUACUCUUUCUUGUUAGGGUUUGCAAAGAGCCAUCAGAGUUGAUGGGAUCUGACGGUUACAAUGGAGGCAACAUCGAACGCAACCACAGAAAACUCUUAUCUUGUGACGGGAGCUCAUCUAGGGACAGAUGAUUGGUUGGCUUCUCCGAGAACUAUCAGCGAUGCUGAAGAUGAAGCUACUGCGAGGGAGAACAUUCACACUGACACUGAAAAAGAACCAGUAAUGAAAGAGCCACUUGUGCUGAUAACAGAUUGGGAUCCACGGGCUUUACCUAGCCAGGAGGAAGAAUCCUUGAGACGCUCACGGUAUAGGUUAGGAGGCUCUGCUGAUAGCAUAUUAUCUUUAACUUCUUCCCAUUCUCUCCUACCUCUUGAAUGGAAAAUUUUGAGAUCUAGUCAAUCAGAGAACACACUGGCACAUUUUUCUGAUGCCACUCUAGAAAACACAGAAGGAGGACAUAAAGAUUCAUCAGACAAUAACCAAGAUGUUGUGGAUGAUAUAAUUGGAGAUGAAGUUGCUUUCAAAGUAUGUACUCGUAUGCUCAACCAUAAUUUAGGUGCUGCUUACACUGCAGAUUCCAGGACAGCCUUUCCCGUAAUACACAAUGGAUCACCCAGCCCUAAAGAUGCAAACUACUCAAAGAAAACUUCAGAUAGUUCACAGUGCAAACAUAUACUGCACCCAAGAACAGAAAAGUUUCCAGAUGUUGGAAUGCAAGUUAAUCAAGCACAUAACUCAGGUAACUAGGACAAUCAUGGGUGGGUAGUGGUUGUGACCUGGUGUGGUGGCUCCUUCACACACAACCCAUCCACCUGGCCGUCAUGAUGCAUUCUGGGGUCCCACCAGACCCAGAUUUGAAUUCUGAACCAAUCCGCAUUGGCUGGGGGGGACGACAGGGAGCUGCCCUUGCUGCCCUAGUCUCCACUCAGGUCUGCUCCCAGAACAUUUAAGCAGGCCAGCUCAUAACUCAGGUAACUAGGACAAUUAACUAGGUUCUUUGAAUGAACGAACGAACGAUUCAGUCGCGUAAUGUUCUUCACAUGUCCUUUUUCAGCAGCUGAUAGAAAAGAUUCAAGUUUGACUGACCAGCUUUGGACAGCUGCAGCAUCAGCAAAUAACUUACAUAAUAUCGCCGUGUCAAAUGGUUGGGAAGGCAAUUCUUAUCAUCACAAGGUAUUUAAAAAAAAUUAUUUUCUUUAGUGUCAUAUAAAUUCAAACGUUACAUAUGUUUCUGGACUUUAUGCAUAUUACCAUAUUUUUUGCUCUAUAAGACUCACUUUUCCCCUUCUAAAAAGUAAGGGGAAAUUUGUGUGCAACUUAUGGAGCGAAUGCAGGCUGUGCAGCUAUCCCAGAAGCCAGAACAGCAAGAGGGAUUUCUGCUUUCACUGCGUAGCGAUCCCUCUUGCUGUUCUGGCUUCUGGGAUUCAGAAUAUUUUUUUUCUUGUUUUCCUCCUCCAAAAACUAGGUGCGUCUUGUGGUCUGGUGCGUCUUAUAGAGCAAAAAAUACGGUAACUCCUAAGCACAUAAGAGUCCUGCCAAAUCAUGCCAAAGAUCCAUCAUAGCAUCCUGUUUUCAUAAUGGCAAACCAGAUGCCCAUGGGAUGCUGCAAAGAGGUCCCAAGAGCACUCUCCCCAUGGGUGAUUCCCAGCAACUGGUAUUCAGAGUCCGAUUGCUUCCAACUGUGGAGGAAGAAACAUAGCCAUCAUGGCAAGUAGCCUUUGAUAGCCUUAUCACCCAUUCAUCUGUUCCCUUUUAAAGCAACUCACGUUGUUGGCCAUCAUUACGUCUUGUGGGAGUGAAUUCGACAGUUUAACUAUGUUAUAUUCCAACAUUCAGCUUCGUGGGAUAAACUUGGAACAUGAAGGUUUGGAUAUGGUGGUUCAGCUUAUUUACUAAUCAUUAGUAUCCAAACUAUAUAUACGUGGAAAGGGCUCAUCCUUGUAACCUUGGUAGUGCAAGACAUUCAUAAUAAAAUAACUGACAGUGGCAAUCGGGAAAGAAGGCAUAAAGUUCCUGGCAUAUGAAAUGAAAAAACCAAAAAUAUCUCCCUCAAAAAAAAACUCCAGAGAGGUGACAUUAAAAAAAUAGAAUAUACUUGACUUCCUUUUCUUAAGAUGUGUGUUUGGGAGGAUCAGUUGUGAACUAGUGCUUUAUUUGAAAAUGAUAGGUUUGCCUCUAGUUUGGCUGGCCCAAAUACAUCUCCUAUACCACAGUUCAAUAAGCAAUGUGUGAGGAUAGUAUGUUUUGGUUAAUGACAAUGGAUGCUGUAUUCAGCCUAUAAUUAGCAGCCCCAGAUAUUGCAUGAUAUGGUCAAUUUAUACUUGCCUUCUAGGUAUCUGCAAAUAGUUCAAGUCUUUAAAAGGAAAUCCAUGGAAACCCAUAAAAUAGAGCAUAAAAUGAGGAAAAUAUUUGUAAAUGUUACUAUGGUUGUUUAUAUGUGAUAGUUUUGAUUACAUGCAGACUGGAAGGGUCAAAUAUUUUUUGAAGUCUGAAUGGUAUAUGUGCCUCUGCACUAAAAUGUAAAACUUCCAAAAAGCAGCACUGGUGAUGGUAGCGGGGAGAAGGAAGAAAUUCCAGGUGUUUGAACAUCUUUCUACAAGCUCCAGUGCUUCCUCCUUUUUUCCAUUGUUUUCUUUGCAUUGGACAUGCUAAACCAGGCUGCUGCAGCAGCAGCUGCUCAAGCUGUGCCUCUUGACAAUAGCCUUGCCUUCUGGCCUGAUGAUGGUUAGAUUCCCAACACAAAAGCUCUUUUCUGAUGUAAAUGGAGGGCAGUGACAUUACACAAGGAUUGUUGGGGAUGCUGGAUGUGGAAUCAUGAAAGCCGGCCAACCAGAAAAACGGCAGAGGUAAAAUGGUAAAGUGCUGUUAAAUUAAGGUUUUCUUUUUAUAAAAUAUGAAUAGAGCCGUCAUCAAGCACUAAACAAAAACUAUGGUAGCAACCAUAAAUUAAAUAUGGUAGCAACAUAAUUAAAAUAACCCUUUCUCUGUGAUAAAACAUUUCAGUCAAUGUCUGAAGCACAAAAUAUAUGCUUAUGCUUAUGUGAAGAAUCCAAAUCUUCCAAAUCAUGAUUAUCUGCCACUACCGUUGUUUUCUUUUUACAGAAACUGAAGUAUUUUUUACUGGUUUCACCAAUGCAAGAUUUAGGAGCUCUUUGUAUAAUGCAGACUUCAUGGUUUUUUGUCUGAAUGUAUAUAACUGUUUGGUGUUUUCAAGAUUUUGCAUUUCUCUGCUCUUUUUCUCAUUUUGAGCACACUUACAUUGUAGCACUCUGAAUUUUCCCCAAUGAUACUUUUAUCUUGCAUUUGAUUAUUAUCUUCACUAAGUUUUUACUGAACCCUACAACCACUGCAGUUUCUUUAUCUUCAAAAGAUUAGUAUAUAUGGAUAUCAGCAAAUUGAGGGGUAUAAAACAAGCUUUAUAUGGAUAUGUGAGAAGCGUAUCCUUUGUUAUGGUUUUAACAAUCCACUUGCUGUGUUUCAUUUACAGUAACAUGUCUAAUCACAGACUUUUUCUCAGCAGUGAAGGUACCAUCUAAGUUUAAAUGUAUAUUGUUCUUCAGUUUUGUGCUGUUUAUACGAUAAGAAGCUUUAAUCAUUCAUAUAUUUCAGAUAUUCAAUGUUCAUAUUUCACAUGGUAAAAAAAACAUGUUUUUCUUUAAGGAUUGUUGGAAAUAACAAGGUUGAAGUUCUUAGUCUUUAGAGUGCCACAAGACAGGGCUAAACUUCUGAAGUUUGAAUCUAGUAUAUGAACACCUGACUUGCUCUUUUGAACCAUUUAUGUUGCAUAGAUAUGGCUUAGCGUUGUCAUAAUUUCAUAAUCUUUGUGGGGGUUUUGUAUUGUGUUAACUAUAAGCUGCUUAAUGGACCUGGACCAGAGGAGCUGAAAAGUAUCCUAUCAAUUCAGUAGUAGUAAAAAUAAUAAUAUACAAAUGCAAUCUUUGUAUACUGUAUAAAUGCACAGGUUUGUUUGUUUGUUUUUUAAACAAAAGAGCUUUAUUCUUAAUACAUGGAAAACAGCACACGUCACAAUAUACAGGACCAUGCAACAGUUCUCAUUACACAGCACAAAUUAAAUUAAACACUUGAAAUUUCUUCUUGACUUUCUUUUUCCCCUUUUUUGUUAGUUAACAAAGAAAGGAAGGUCUCCUGCAAUGUCAGAGUUUCUGCUGAAAUCUCCAGAUGAGAAUAAACAGGAAUUUCAUCAACCCAUGAAGAAUGUGCAGGCUAAACGUCAAGUACUGUUGAAUGGACAGAGUCCACACGCAGAUGAUGGCAAACUUUACGGGAAGGUGAACGAUUUGCAUGUUUUUAUAUAUAUAUAGUUUCUUUCAUUAUAAGAACAUAAGAAGAGCCUGCUGGAUCAGGCCAAUGGCCCAUCUAGUACAGCAUCCUAUUCUCAAAGCAGCCAUCUGAAUGCCUGUGGGAAAGCCCCAAACAUGACUGGAGCACAAGCAUCCUGUGGCUUCCAGCAACUGGUAUUCAAAGGCAUUACUGCCUCCUACGGUGGAGGCAAAGCAUAGCCAUCAUGGCUUGUAGCCACUGAUAGCCUUAUCUGUCUCAUCCCCUUUUAAAACUAUCCAGCUUCAUGGCCUAUUGUUUAUGCACUGAGUGAAGAGGUACUUUCUUUUACCUGUCCUGAACCUUCAUUGAGUCCAGCUUCAUUGAAUCUCCAUGAGUUCUAGCGUAUAAGUGCGGGAGAAAGACCUCUCUCUAUCCACUUUUUCCAUGCCACGUGUAAUUUUGUAAACAUCUGUCAUGGCACCUCUUUCUCCCCUUACAGGACCUUUUCCAACUUGGCAAUAUCCUUUUUGAGUACCAGAACUGUACGGAAUAUUCCAAAUGUGGUCACACCACAGAUCAGUAGACCAGCGUUCUGAUACCAGCAGUUUUAUUUUCCAUUCCUUUUCUACACACACCAGGUCAACAUCUUCAUCAACUGAAACACUUUCACUUUGCUGUUAUCCUUAGUUCUGGCAUACUAUGAAAUUCAAAAACGAAUAGAGAAUGCUCUGUUCUUAAAUAGGCAUAUGACAGCUGCAGGAGUGAAGCUACAAUUAACUCACCAGCAAAACCUUCUAAAAGAAGUGGGGACACAGGAAAUAAAAACCAUGUAAUUCCCCAUUCCUUUGCUUCCUCCCUCCAUAUUAUACAGUAUACUUAAAGAACAAUUGAUUGAAUAGAUUAAUGAAGCGGUUGUGUACUUGCGUGAUUUGACUUCUGAACAGGGGAGUGGCAAGUCAAGUGAACUGAAAUGCUUCCGAAAUAGAUAAUCUUGAUUGUACACUAAACAGAUGGCAAUGGCAGGAACUCAAGAGAUAAAAAUAGUCCAAUGAGUGAGUUGCUGCAGACUCUUAGUCAGGGCUGUAAGCACAGGUUUUUAGGAGCUUAUCACACAGAAACUUUAAGAACAGAAGGGUAAAAAGAAAACAUAGAGAGGAGAGAAAUCACUUUUUUGUAUUUAACACUUAUAUGCCACCGCAUAGCCAGUAAUGAAAAAAAGAAAUCAGAGCAACAAAAGUCAAAGACAAAAAUUCUAAGCUUUACGUUUUCUCAGCUAAACAAACUAAUGGAUGGGUAUGGAAAAACCAAAGGUUUUAUCCAGUAAUGAAUCUAAGAGAUAGCAUACCACACCAAAAAUAAACAAAAGCUAUCCAAAUAAAUACUUGAACUCUCAAAAUAUAACAAUGACGAUUUUUACAAGUAUGGGAAUGCCAGUAUGCAAAGUAAAUUUGUGGAAAAAAUAAAAGCUUAAUAAUAAAAAACACAAGAUACAAGAUAAUAGAUCAGGGUUUUUCUUCCUAAAUUACAAAGAAGGCUCAGUCAAAAGUGAACAUAGAGAACUUAUUUCAUAUUCACUGAUAGGAUGAGGCAUACUAUAAGCAAGAAUGUAAAAAAUGCAUUAUACAGUAUUCAAAUAUCUUGUUAUUUCCUUUGUUCUUAGAGGUUGUCCCAAUUUUGCUGUUGUUGCAAACUCCCAGAUUUUAUCAAUCCAAUCAUUUAUUGUUAGUGCCUCCACUUGUUUGCAUCAUUCGUGUGUGUGUGUGUGUGUGUGUGUGUGUAUCUCACACACACAGAUGGAUAUAAGUAUGUGUGACUUUAUAUAGAUAUAUUGUAAGACAUCAAUUUAGAAAACUCAGAAGUAUGGGGAAAGCACAUAUUAAGAAUUCAGAAUUCACAUAUUCAGAAUUACAAAUAGAAUGCCACAUUUUUAUCUUCUCCGUGUAAUAAAAAAUGUGAAACUGGAAUGUUUCAAAUGAACAAACUAAUGCAAUUUUUUUUUUUAGGAGAUAGAAUUUCUUAAUGAAGAGCUGUCAACUUGUAGCCUGCCAAAAUUUGAAUGCAACUCUCCCGGAAUUCUACAGCAACAGAUUGGUAUGAAGUCAUAUAGGCUUGUUAAUUUCAUCAUUCAACAUUCAGUGCCUUUAUUUUAAUUUCCAUUUGAACGUGUGCUAAUUGGUUUUUAUAUGCAUCAGUCCACAUGAUGAUCCACAUUUAUUAAUUUCUGUGAAAGUUCAAAUAGCAUUUUAGAAAAACCAUGAAACCAUGUUCUACUCCUUCUAAGUACUAUAGGAUGAGUGUUCAGGUUAUCGGCACCACUACAAUCCCACAACUGAUUGGUUAACACUGGCUACAAACAGCCAACACUAUGGCAAUAAAUUUAAGCAUCAGCUUAAUGCAUUAUUUCCCCCUUCCCCGCUAAAAUCUCUAAAUGCACUCAAGUAAACAAACUUUCCACCCCAAACCAUUUCAAGCUGUACAAUUUCCCCCAAAAACUUUACUCAAAGUCAUAGAAUUGCAGAGUUGGAGGGGACACUGAGGGUCAUCUGGUUCGACCCCUGCAGUGCAUGAGUCUUUUGCGCAAAGUGCGUAUCCUAUGCCUCUACAAAUACUAGGCACCAUUCAAUCAAGGCUGUAUUUUUAUGCACACUUUUAAUUCAUUCUGAGAAACAAGUGUAGUCCUGGGAUGCAAGCUAAGUAUUUUGAAGUCCCUUUUAUUUCAGUAGGAGAGUUGCAAUCCUAUGCACGUCUACUGAGAAAUAAGCUCAGUGAGACUUACUCCCCAGGUAAGUGUAUCUUGCAUUAAAGUCUUAAGCACAAUAGGCCUUAAAUGUGACUAGACGAUGCAUACUGAAUAUUUUUGCAUAUUGAUACACAGUAAACCUUAAAAGCCAGAUCACCGAUCUUCAAGAAGCCAAUGAGACUGCGGUCUUAGAGCUAGCAAAGGCAGAUGAGGAGAUUUCACAACUGAAGAAUGAAAUGGCUCAAUUAAAAUCUGACUAUAUGCAGAAGUUAGCAGACUCUAAAGAAGAAAAUCUUAAUCUGAAGAAAAAGGUAAGGGGUCUGAGACAAUCCUUUAUUAUAACUUACCGUAUUUUUCGUACCAUAGGAUGCACCGGACAAUAGGACGCACUCUGUUUUAGAGGGGGGAGAACAAGAAAAAAAAAUCCUCCCCUCUCUGCCCAGCGCCCCUUCAGCGAAGCGGCAGGAGGCGCUGCGCAGAGAGGGGGAGAACUUUCCCCCUCUUGUUUUCCCGCUCUAAAACAAGGUGCCGUUUAAGGGGCGUUCAGGCGGCUACCUUGGAAGCCUGGAGAGCGAGAGGGGUCGGUGUGCACUGACCCCUCUCGCUCUCCAGGCUUCAGGUUCCUUUCGACCUGCUCUUUGGGGCUGGCGGGGGGAAGCCCACCACCAGCCCCAAAGAGCAGGUCAGGGAGCAGUGGAAAGGCGCAGCGGAGAGGCUUCUGCCAUAGCCGCGCGUCACCUCUCCAGCCGGGAGAGGGUCGUGGGGCUAUGGCGUCUUCGCUCCAUAGGACGCACACACAUUUCCCCUUCAUUUUAGAAGGGGGAAAAGUGUGUCCUAUAGAGCGAAAAAUACGGUAUAUACUUUAAUUUUAAACCUGUGUUUUUCUUUAAGUGGGGUAGAAGACAGGUAAUAUAUAUUUAAUCAUGUAUCAAACAGUAACCAAAGCUAUAAUUAGUCAACGGGUGAUAUUCAUUUGUUUUAUGCCUACGACUGUGAGCUUAAACAUUCUUAGUAUGUAUUUGUCUCCUAAAUGUUUUAUAAAAUAAUUGCAUAUUUUACACAUUCACUGCUAAACCCUGCCGUAAAGAAUGAUAAACUCACUGCAUGCAGAAAAGUACCACAGAAGAGAAAGAGUUUUGGCCUUUUUACUUGCAUGUUUGGUUUGUUUGUUUAUUAAAUUUGCUGUUCACUUACUUUGCCACGGCAACUCUAAGCGACGUGCAAUAUUUUAUGUGACUUAGAAUUUAUUUUUACAUGGGAAAUUCAAACAUAAGAACCUGUCCUGCAGUCUGCAUUGGCACAGGACCAGGUAGGGUGCAUUGUGCAAUUUCUCUGCACAUGAAUAUAAUCCAUUAGGCAAAACUUUAACCAACCUGGGAAUUACAGCAGUUCAGAAGUGAUCAGUUAUGCUUUAAACAAUUGAUUUCUUAUAUGUUGAUUUCUACUCUUUAUUGCUUUCCUCCUUCAUGAUCAAGAAUCAAAACACAAUUUAAACUAAUUCAUCCCCCUCUAAAGAUCAAUAGGAUGCACAGCAGACAUGAUCCAGUAGACACUUAUGAGCAGACCUUGCAUGAAGAGAUUUGUGAGCUAAGAGCUGAGUCCAGGAGACUGAGGGAAAUUGGCCACCAGCUGAAUGAGGAAAACCACAGGCUGAAAGAAGAGCUAUGGGAUGUAAAGAGGAAAUAUGAAUGGCUCGUGCAUACAGUUGCUGGCAAACAGGAUGGUAAAGGAACCACCAUUAUGGUAUAUUGCUUGGGUUCUUACGAUGAUCAGUAAACAGCCCAGUAUGUUGCUCCAGAAAAGAUAGGAGGCCACAUCUCAUUAACAACAUUAACACCAGUUACUUUUGAGCAAUGACUUUAUAGCAGAGCUUCAUGGCAGUAGCAUAGCAUGGGCAGGCACAGGGGCAGUUGUCCCAGGUGCAUAAUUGUUAGGGGCACAAAAUUUCAACACCUCAAUACAGCUGCCUCAAUUCACAGUUCCAUCACUGGGCUCUGUUGAAAAUGGCUCCUCUGUGCAAACUAGGAAGUGACCUCUGCAGACAAUGGAACGACUCUUCUUGUCUCUGCAGCUGUGAUCUUCUGGGCGAUGCAGAUGCCAUUAGGCAGUUGAAUGUGCAUGCAUACUCUGUCCAUUUCCCUCACUCCCACCCCCUCUCUGUGUGGCCCCAGGCGCUAGCAACUCAUGCUACACCACUGCUCAUUGAGCCCAUUCUUCUGCAUGGGUUCAUCAUGUGUCCACUGCAAUGUGACUAAUACAGGAGGAAGACUGACUAUAACAGGCCCCUAUCCAUCACUAUUGUGCACUGGCUGAUGUAUAAAAAAUAGUUGCUACUCGCCAUGCAAUCAGAUAGACCUGGUACUGGGGUUUCUUAAGAGGAUAAAGUGCAUUUAACAGGUUUUCAAUAAUAAUAACAAUAAACAUAAUCACUGAAGAUAUAGUGACAAUGAACUUGAUUUCAACCACCAACUUCAAUAUGAAUCCUAUCAUGGAGAGAAAGGUCUGAGAUAUACAUCACCUCAUCAUUCUGGGUUGCCUCUGUGUUUGUGCCCAGAAUGACUGUUUUCAUUUUAAAAGAUCUUGCCUCUAGUCAUUAGGUACAUCUUUAUACCCUCAACAAUUAUCCCAAGUAUUUAUAAAUUAUCCGAGGCAAAGCUAUAACAUUAACACCAAUACUACCACAGUGAAAUUCACCAAAACAAAUCUUUAUUGGAAUUCGAAAUGCCAGAAGAGGUAUUUGUUGAUUAACUGUAAAGGUGAUUAACCCUCAACAGGUAAUUAAUACUGUCAGAGUUGAUGGUUAGCAAAAAGAGAUCCAGCACUACAGAAAAGGGACUUCAACUUUCAACUGCGGUCACAGCAAUGCUGAAUCAUGGCAAAUAGCUAUAAAAUAGCUUUCUUAAAACUAAAAGUGCUUGAAGAUCAGUGCAACUAGCAGCAGUUUGUAUAUUUAUUUUACAUUAAGUUCUUCCAAUGAGUAUCUAAUGUUACUCAUUUGAUUACAGUUUAUUUUAAAUGUGGCAUCUGUGAUAAGUAAGACAAUUCUGUUCCCAGCUAUACUAAAGCCAAAGUGUAUUUCUCACAUCUUAAUUUAAAAUACUAAUAAUAAAGCAGGAAGUUGCUCUUUCAGAAGACAUUCAACCAACAAACGGAAAAGACAUCUCACUUUUUGAAAAUACAUCAUUUUAAUAAUUAAAGCAUCAGUGCUUAAUAAAAAAUAGUUUAGUUUUAAUAGACUGCAUCAACAGUGAUUUUAAAAGAUUGACUGAAUGAAAUAUUAUUGCUUUAUAAUAUCUAAAACAUCUAAGCAGAAUUUGAUAAUAAGCAAGGCUUUUAUUUUUAUCUAGAAAAGAUACAAGAACGUUCUAGGAAAAAUGCUUCUUCCCCAUCAUCCAUAAAUAGUGAAUCUACAGAAUUUCUGAUUUCUGGAUACUGUGACACAGGGCUAGCAAAAGAAAACAGAGACUUAAAAGGUAUGGUAAUUAAAAUAUGCAAUUGCACAUCUUCUUAUUUUGCCUUGUUAGCACAGAAAAGAAUAAAAAAGUAUACUGCAUGUUCCCAUGAAUCUUCAUAUGGAAAGAAAAAUCACUUAAUUGGUUUUCUGUUUUCAGCUUUCUUUUUAUGCAGUCAGUGAAAAGUAAGAUCUAUUUGGCUGCUUAGAGUUGUGAAAUACUUCCUCCAAACAUUCCUUGCUUUGGAUAUUAUUCAUUAUUUUUUAUGGCCUUUCCCCACAAAACAUGCCAGAUUUCAGUGGACCCAAAAUAUAGGAAAAAUUCUGAGCUUUGGUGUUAUUGCUUUUAGUAAUGCAUCUGCAUGCUUUAUUGGAUUGGGAUAAAUUAAGAACCUCAAAAGUGUAAACUCCCUGCAUUCGUCCAAUAUGGGGGAAAGGAACAUUGGUCAACAUACUGUUUUCAGUACUGGCAAAACAGCCACAAAAUGUGAUGGCUAUGUAAGGAUUUUACAUUAUCAUAAAGGCAUUCAGACAGACAACUGAAUAAAAGACUAACCUUGGAGCUGGGAGUCCAAUUUAAUUAUUAUUAUUAUUAUUAUUAUUAUUAUUAUUAUUAUUAUUAUUAGAAUUUAUAUACUGCCAUAUGCCUGCAGGAAUAUAAAACCAUAAAGUACAUAAUCAAAAUAAAACAACAACCCAGUAACACACAAACACACCAUAUUUGUAAAAGGGCAUAGGAUGUCAAUCAAAUCAACCAAAGGCCUGGUUAAAGAGGAAUGUUUUUGCCUGGCGCCUAAAGUUGUAUAAUGAAGGCACCAGGCAAACUUCCCUGGGGAGAGCAUUUCACAGAUGGGAAGCCACUGCAGAGAAGGCCCGUUCUUGUGUUGCCACCCUCUCGACCUGUUGUGGAGGAGGCACACGAAGAAGGGCCUCAGAAGAUUAUCUCAGGGUUAUCUUAUCUGACCAUUCUUAUCUUAUCUAUUCUUAUCUGACCAAUAGAUUUAACUAUUAUUUUCAUCCUUGGAGUUGCCACAAUAUAUCUGUAGUGGUAUAUCUUAUUAUUUGAACGAAUGUGCUUUUGGCAACUCCAUAUCAUUUUUCCAAGAGCACAGAAAUAACCAGGAAAGUCAAACCUUUAGCCCCGGGAGUUUAUCAGGGCCUUCAAGAAUCCCCAGUACGUCCAAUGACAUCUCCAGGGCUAUGAAGCAGACUAGCCAAUGACUGAGGCCACAUCAGUUUCUCUUCCCUUGUCCCCUUUCAAAUUAGCGAUAUGGGUUCAAGAAGUGUGGCAAGUAAAGAGACGUUUGAUCAAACUGAUUGCACUGGAGCAGGCUAUGCAAAUUACAGUGUUCUAGCAUUUUUCGUAAAAAACAACAACCAAACAAACCAUGGAUUGAUGCACUUUAAUGGUUUCCAGGAUAAAUAUCUAGAAUUUUACAACUUAAGUAUCUGAGGUGAGAUAAGGUUUUUUAGUUUUUUGCACACAAAAUUAUAGAAUAUUCCCUGAGCAUCUGUUGGUAGGGAACUGGUUCCACAUUACCUAUUUAAGUUGGGCAUCCUUGAACAAAACCUUGCAACUAGAUUUGACCCAAAUUUUCGAGCAGCUUUUUAAUGUUUUUUUUAAUCGUAUUUCGUAAACCUUUUAUUGGCAUCACAUACAACAUCCAAAACAAAUCAAUGCAGAAUUACCACUUUCCCAGUGGCACAAACAUUUGCUAAAAGAAAGGAGGCAGAGCAGUCUAUCGUCACAUCUCUUGGUCUCCAGGGAGAUCAGACGUCUGCAGUGUAAUUAUUAUUAUUUUUUAAUCAAGAUGAUGCAUCUGAAGAGGUCACAAAGGCGAGCAGCAUCAACUUUCCUUGCAUUACUCAACACAAUCAAACAAGUCAUGAGAACUAUGAUCAAAGCAUCUCAAGUUCAUCUUCGAGUGGUGUCUCUCAAGUGGACACUUGCAAUAAAUAUUAUCCAAACAGGUAAGAACUGAAUGGACGUGAAUAUGAUUGUGUUGUAAAUGUACCGGUAGUUUUCUGCUGUAAAGAAAAAGGUUGAGACCCCACACUGUGUAGUACUGCCAAUUUAAUGAAUGCAAAAAGGUCAAGUAACUCUUCAGCAACAGUCUAGCUAAAGCAGGAAAGCACUGAAACAUGUCUGCUGGGCUUGAGCUCAUCACAAGAUCAAGGACUGACUUUCCCCUUUGCUCUGAUUGUGUAUAGAUGUCAGCCAGCACAUUAGAUGAGAUCAAUCAUGAUCUUUUGUGCGCUCCAAGAUGCAACAGCUAGGAUUGUUUCAAUUUAUGGCUAUAAUGCUAGGUUCACUUCAGAAAGAUAGGGCUGUGAGAACUACGUGGAACUGAAUGAGUGGCAGGUGUUGCAUUGACAACUGUGGGUACACUGAUUGCCACAGCAAAUCCACUGAAUAGGAGGGGAAGCAGUAGCAUAGGGGGUCCCUUAAUGCUAAGUAAGCCAAAACCAAGAUAGGCACUAAAACAUACCUAAAUCUCAAUCCAAGCCUACUGCAUGAUGGUUUUAACAUUACAAAUGACAGGAAAAGAUCACCACCAAAUAUUCUCUUUAGCACAGGGGAGGGGGACCCCUAACCCUUCAGGACUCUCCCUAGGUCACACACCUCACCAGCCCUACUCCACGCCCUCUAAGUAAUUCUGCUGGAGUGGAAUGUGCCCUUGAGUUGCGCUAAUGCCCCUUGCUUGCCUGCUUGGUGCAAUAGAGAGGGGCCUGUGCAUGCAGAAGCCUUUGGCUUUGUGUGUCUGGAACGUGUCAUAUUUUAUAAAGCAUUUUUUCCAUUGCUGCACCCACUUUUGCCUUUGGACCUAACACCGUGUGAAUGCAGGCUUUGAAAAGUUGGCUAUGAGGGAAUAUGGCCCUUUAUUUCUGCAAUUUCCACAUAAAAAAGGCAAAGCUAUGUACAGUGAAAAUCUAUUUCAUUUCUAUCCCACCCUUCAUUAAACCUGGUGAUCCUAUGGCAAAACCAUAGAAUAAAAGCACUUAAAAACAAUGACCGAUAUUCUAUUUCUGACCAGGACCCUUCCAUGACCCAUAUACAGCAUUUUAGAUCUCUGCCUCCUCCUUUGCCUUUCUUAUCUGUCCUGCAAUGUUGUUAAAAAGACCUUCUAUAAUGCUAUUAAAGAGAGGCAUGGACAAACCUAAAUCCAAAUCUUCCACAAAUACUGCAAGGAUUUUACUUUACAAAUACUUUACAAGGAUAAUAAUUAAUUCCUUGCUUUCCUAGAGACAAAUGAAGCAGCUUGUCCUCAGUCUCUUUCAUGUAUCACUACCAUUUAAAACACAGAGUAAGUUUUGCCAAGAGAGGAGGAGUUUGAUUUUGUUAAAAUGUGUACAGCAGCUACCACUGGUUGAAGUUGAAAGAACCUGCUACAUAAAAGAUUUUUCUUGCAACUUCCCUGUAACAUCAGAGCUGUGGCUUACAUCAGAAUAGCAGGGCUGUGUCUUGUUUCUUCUGCAGACCAAAUAGCAGCCAGCUGUCCCCUAAUUUUGUGCAUGAAGAUUCCCACAUGAUGUUAGAAUAAAGAAUUUGAACAGAUGUUAUUGUUACCCCCCCAAAAAAAAUAUAUCAUGGCUCUUUUACUUAAGUUCAAGGAAAACAACUGUUUUUCUCAGGUACCUGUAAGGGCCAAAGUAGACAUGAUGUGAGAGAUCUGUGAUCACAUCUCAGGUAUUUUUAUACACUUUAAACCAGCAGUGUGGAUCCACAAAUUGUACAAGAACCACAGUACUAUGGGAGAGGCGUGUAACCAUUUUCUUGCAUGUCAUUUCACCGAUAUAAAUACCAUCCAGUGAAGCUGUGAAGGAAGAGGAGAGAAAACUAUGGGCACCCAUUUUGUACCCAUCAUUUCCCCCUGUGGGCAUUUCUCCUAUUUAAAUAUUUACAGAACUGUGAUUAUCCCUAGAAUGGGAAGAAGAUGGGAACAAUAUAGGUGUCUAUCCUUGCGCUUCCUACAAAUUAACAUUGGCUUGGGGGUAGGGGGCACUGACUGAAGGAAAUGGAAUUGUGAGGGUAAACACUCAGCAACAUGGCCCAAUCCAAUUUUGUUUCUGCAAAAAGUUGUUGGGAGAUUCAGUCCCAGGUUUCCCCUGUCAUGUCUAGUUUGUUCGUAAGAUAUGUAGGAUUCUUUGGUUAUCAUGAAGAGUCUGAAUAAUAAAGUUGUGCUGGAGUACCAAAAAAAAAAGGACUCUUACGUUUUAAAGGAAAGCUAUUGAUUUUCUACAACUUUUUAUCCCAGGAUUUGUCUAGAUAAGGCGGCACUAUCAAGACGACCAUUUGCACCCAGGAAUGUUACAGACUUGAAAGUUGGAAACCUAGUGAAAUUUUCAUGCCCAGCAGGAAAAAUCAGCAAGGGAACUGUUAAGUAUUUGGGACCACUUUUGGGGAGAGAAGAGGACUACCUUGGAAUAGAGCUGGAAGGGGAUCAAAUAGGAAGGCAUGAUGGAACUUUUCAAGGAACACGCUACUUUCUUUGGUAAUGUUUACUCUUCUACCUGGCAAUAGUAUAUUUGAGAUCUUCCCUUCCCACCCCGAACCCAAUUUUCCCCAGGGGCAGAAAUAAAGCAAUUUCACAGUCUUCUUGUUCAACAUUUUACCUUUACCGUGCAUAAUAUGCAACCACUAAUGGAUCACAAAUGUGUGUUGGCAAGUUUGUGGUUUUGAAGUAUUGUGCAAAAUACAACAUUACAAAAGCUAUACUAUUACUGGUGAGGACAGGGUUCGUGGCAUGCUCCUUAGAAUUAGGAUAGUAACUAACAAUAGCAGCAAGUUCACUUUUUAUUGAUGAGAGCUUCAGGAUUUAGCUACUGUCUGUAGCAAAUUGUGUUAAGCAUUGAUAUCAGUGUGAAUGCAAGUACCUUGCAUCCUCCCACCUGCAAGAGAUGGAAAAAGCAAAGUAUGUGGGAAAUCCUGUAUCACCACCUCAUCAAGACUAGAAUUUCACAUUUUUUUUGCACUUUAUCAAACAGUAACCAUGCCUUGUACUCCUAAUUUGGAGUGAUGGCAAAUUAAUGUGCUGUUAUCAAACAUUUAAAAAGCAUUAUUCUCACAGAGCUUUGUAAAUGCACCAUUCGCAACUUAAAACAUGUGUAAAUGCUUUACACCAUCAACUACAAGAUAUUAAAUGUUUGACUCCCAUAAUUGUGGCAGGUUUGGAAUUCCCUCCCAACAGAGGUGUCUGGCACCUUCAUUAUGCAUUAUUACAUAUUUCUAGAACCCACUCUCAUUGUGAUUGUAAUUCGUUUUAAACUGUUUGUAUCUCAUCCUGUGUCUGUCUGGUGAAGUGGGUAAUAAAUCUAAAAAAAAGUUUUACUGGUGCUAUUAAGCAUUGCAAUGGAUGUAGGAGAAAAAUCCUGAAAAUGUAAUGUUUUCCUGGCACUCUAUAUAUGCCUGUUCCUGCCCACUUUCUGCCUCCAUUCAAUUAUUUUAUAUCUAUGUAUUAUAAAUGUCUGAGAACUUCCUUUAUAUAAUGGACAUUAUGAAAAUUCUAAAGAACAAAUUGCUUCGUGCAUCACUAGAGAGAAAAGCUUGCACUCAGAAAUUCUAUAGUUCAAAGUAGCUCUAUAAACACAAGAUGUGUGCAUGAGCCCAAGAUUCACCUUAUAUUUGUGCAUGCGCAUAUAUAUAUAUAUACCUGAGUUGUUCUUUCCACUUCAUUCUGUGCUUUGGGUUCAGAGGCACUUUGUAUAAAACAAAUUCAUUCUUAUGGUGAAUCUAAAAAUUACUUUUCCUUCUUUUUGGCAGAAGUUGCUGAAAUUUGCAAGUGCAUGAACCCUCUAGUUUUUCUUCAGACUGCAUAAAUCUUUGCAGAACUCCUCCAGACUAGAUUAAGCCUGCCAGAGGCUUCUGUGGGGGGUGUAAAAGGAACUCACAUUCUCCAUAAUCAGUAUUAGGGCAAUGCAUUUGCUAGGCCAACUAAAACGCCAAAAUCCAUAUUAGUUUAAUAUUUUCAAGUUCAGGGAAGCAUGGGGGCUUGCGUCUUGCUUUUUCAUAACUUAAAAUAAUUAAGAGGGAGCUGAGUUGUGUGUAUUCUUGCUUGUGCACUUUUCAAAACAUUAGCUGGCUUUGCUUUCCUGGAGUUUCUCCCAGAGUUUGUGGGGACAAAACUAGUACGUAAAAAACGAGUGCUUUUAAAUUGCUGGAAACCUCAGAGUUUUGUGUGACUGGAACAGUGCAUGUAUCGCCUAUUAACUACAACCUAUAACAGGAAUAGCCAAAAUAGUGCUUUCCAGAUGUUGCUAAGCUACAACUCUCAGCAUCCCUGCUGAGCUGUAGUCCAACACCUAGAAGGCACCAUAUUGGCCAUCUCUAGCAAUUUGUACCUCCAUUCCAAGUCUGAACCAUGCUGUGCUCUUCAAAUUUUAAUACUAGCUUUACCGCCUGAGCAAUGGCUGUAACUUCAUUGCUGCAGGGAGCGUUUAUCUAUCCCCUCAAAUAAUCCUGAUAUCUACUUUCAGCAAUGCCUUAUUUUGAUCCUUUCCUCAAUUUAUUUUUUCCUGUCUCUACCAGUGCUACAGUAUACAUCUCCACUAUUGUAUCUCCCAGAGUAUAGGUGAUAAAGUGGUGAAACGGAAACUAUCCUCAACAGCAAAGAUAUUCCACCCGGGGGGGGGGGGGGAGAGAGAGACAGAGACAGAGACAGAGACAGAGACAGAGAGACAGAGAGACUAAAGUCACAAUUAAAAGAUAGUAAAGGGUUUCCCACUAACAGAAAAUUGUGCAUUUUUCCCCUGUCAUGCAGAAAUGUCUUUGUUGUCUUUAAAUUGUGGCCUUUUAGAAUCCAAACAGAAAACACUGUCCAGCAGCAGAUUUCUGUUUGCAUGACCAUCGAAGUAACUUUCACCGAGUUUGUAACUCUUGUUGGUUAGUUAACUUUAUGUCGUAAAAAAGUCAUGUCAAAGAACCAUAUCCACAUUACUGACUUUCAAAAUUUGUUUUCCAGUGCACCUAACAAAGGAGUUUUUGUUAACUUCAGCAAAAUCAUUAUUGCCUGGGAAUAACGAUUCCACUACAUCCUGAACAAUGAACGCAUGGACUUUAAAGCCUUCCAAUAUAUUGUGCUCCUGGUGCAAAGAAGAAACAAAGUGUUUAGAACUCUGUUCAUCAGUGUAUUUCUUCCAUUUUUAUCAAGUUGUAUUUGAGCAUUUUAUAGUAUUGUAUUUUUUGGAAAAUAAAGCUAGUUGUACUAUUACUGAAAAUGCAAACAGCAAACAUCUGGACUCAAGUCAUAAUAGGUAUGAAUUCCCCCAAUGAACUGAUUUAAAACAGUUUAUUUUCCUUUCCAUGUAGAGCAAUCAAGCUUAUGAUUGCUUACAUAUUUUUACAGAGAAUGGAAACACAUGAACAAAGUGGUAAACAAAAACAGCUGAAGUGAUUUCCAUGAUUUUCCAUUAGGAAAAAUAUGCAAUCAUAACUGCAGAUAAGUUGUUGCUGCUUCCACCACCCCCACUUAAAAAAAAAUGUACCUGAAGGCAUGGCUAGGAUAGCCUCUGUGUACAAGAAGUAAGCCCAGAUAGCAAAUGACCCCAAAAUAGCAAAGAAUCUGGAUUCUUCCACCAUUCAUAAAUAGCUACAGCGGACUAAUACAGCUAUCCCUCUGAAAAUUAGAGAAAUGCUUAUCACAAACUUGCUGAAUUGAAUCUACCAUGGUUGGGAGCACAUUGGUAAACAACUUCUCCCUCUUUGGGUUCACAGUUCACAGUACUGGUGUAUGAAAAUAAAUUUUAGCUAGUUUUCAAGCUCUUCUAAAUCAACUGUACCAUUUCACCAGUCAUAACGGAGUGCCUGGCGAGAGUUAGAACCUUUUCCUGAUAGCAGUAGUAAUAGAAAAGUCCUUCAUCUAAGUACGAAGGAGCUGGUAUAUCUGACUAGGCAUGAGAAUUUAUUAUUCACUGGUUGUAAAAAUGGACCUAGCUUACAUUGUUUGGAAUUUGAUAUUUAUCAGCCAUAGGUUCAGAAGACAUGAUUACAUAUAUUUUAUCUACCAAGCUCCUAAUUCACCACUUGGCUUGAACUGUACUUGGACCUGCUGGAUCUAUGAUGAAAUAGUGAAGUGACAUCAUAAAAUGGCAACAAUAGCAGCCCCAAGUAUUCUAAACAAGGAUUUUGCCCAGCCCUAACUUAAGAGUCCUUUGGCUCUUGUGCUUCAGCUCAGAUCAUAGGCAAGGCACUGGGCUUAUGUUACCUAAGGGAGACCAAAAAACAAGGCACCUGAAACAGCCCCAGCUGAUUAACUUCAGCCCUCCCUUGCACUACUCAUGUUAACAUUAUCUAAGUUACCCUCUGCCCUGUCCAAAGCUACCUGCAAGUAAGUUCUCACGGCAAACACUGAAUCUAAAAUGAUUUUAUGGUAAUAGUGCCUUGGCUUUGGUUCCUGUGUAAGACGGAACCAUAGUUAAGGAUACAGCCUGAGGGAGCAGAUUUUUGCUAAAGAUCCUUUAGCUCACUGUGGAUCUCAGCCAUGCUGAAAUGUUAGCUAGCAUCAGUUCAGCAACCUAUAGAAGCAGCUGAUGGUGUACUUAGUUGCACCUUGUGACUGAAAUGUGGAAGCCUGAAGAUUACAAAGCAAGAGUUUUUAAUGGUUAAGGUGUCAUUUCUUAUCUAGCAACCAAAUUUAUUCUUUCUGCAACAACCUAGGAAUUUGAUAUAGAUACCUUUAUGUAACUCCCAUGCACGAUCAAAUGUGAAAUAUCUGCAUUGGAUAUUAAAAUGCAAGAGUUCCUUUAGCAACUAUAAUUCAAAAACUUCUGAUGUUCAUAAACAAUGAGACACCAUUUCUGUAAGAUGAUAACCAGGUACCUAAUUUUGACUUUUAUGGAGUUCCACAGAUUCACUGGAAACUGACAAGACCAAAACACAUUUUUUCUUCUUCACGGUGGAGAUCCAAGUUUAAUGUAGUCACCAAACAAGAUAGGUACUGAUUUUCUGGUUAGAAUGUAUAAUACAGCAGUUACUUACGGAGAAAGAAUCCGCAUGAAGUUGAUAGAGUAGAUGACACAGCAAGAAGUAUUUUAAAAGGUUUCUUACUACAUAUGGAAACAAAUGCAGGAUGUUACAUUUUCUUAGUUUAUUGGUUUUUUAUUUUAUUUUAGGAAACUGCAGCUCCCAGUAUAUGUCAUUCCGAGGUCCCAUGCAUGCAUAGCCUCUUAAUGCCUUUACACAUUUCAUCUUGCAGUAAUUGUUUCCAUUCACAGCAUACAUAAAUCUAGAAUGUAAGGAACACCCUAUUUACAGGAUUUCAAAAGAUCGUGGUUUUUGUUUUAUAGUGAAAAAAAUUAACAGGACUUCAACAGAGCAAAAAGUAUAGAUCAGAUACAUUGGCUUUGUCACAGAUAACACAAUUCAAAAGUUUGUUCAAAGGUCUUGAGAAUUAGAAUAUUGCUUGACUCUUGGCCUUUGCUCGUUUCAAAAACAAGAAGACCACUCAGUAAUAACAGAAACAAGAUGUCAAUAGCUCAAAUACAUAUCAACUUCGAACAAUUAUUUGGAAAAACAGAUAGCACACAGAGGCAGCAUUGGCUAUAAUAUGCAUUUAUUUCUGCGCACAUUUUCAGCUCUCUGUAGACUCAUAGCACCUGAGCAGGUGACAGAGGAAUUGAGAGUCCGGCUGGAUACUUCAAUAACUACACUGUAAAAUUUUGUAUUUCAAAUUACAUGUUUCAGGCUUCUUGUGUUAAAAGUUUAUCAAGCCAAGAUCACAAUACCAUUAGCCAUCAGCAUGUUUAAACUUUUCAUCAUCUCUUUAAAAUUAAAAAAAAAAUUGUCUUCAAAAAGACUAAAUCCAAGAAAUUUUAAAGAGAUUUAUAAUCAAAGGGGUGGGGAAGUGAAGGAACAGUACAUAAAUGGAGCAUAACACAACUGAAAGAAACAUUGACUUAGUAGUAUGACUGAGACCAGCUCUUUAAAAAAUGUACUUGCUUCACACAUCUGCCAUAACGGGGAAAAACACACAUACCACAGACACACAAACACACUUCUCAAGUUGAUCUAUUUCACAAAACAUUUUCUCGUUGCUUUCUUAGCCCCUCCUUUGCUACGCAAGCUAGCUUGAUAGCAAUAUCAUAUAUCCAAGUACAGGAUUUAAUUUUUGUAUGCUAUAGUAUAUUCCAAUGUUUUCCACAAGCUAUUCUAUUGACUAAAACUUGGAGGAGCUUUUAUAUUUUAUAUGGAAAGGGGAAUCAUUUUACCAGCAGUUAAAUAUAAAACAGGCAUUUAUAAACAGACAUUUACUUGAGAAACUGGACAGUCUUGAAUAACUAGCAUCCAAUAAGGGUACUCCCUGUACUGACCCAAGUUCUAUGGGCAAGGAAAAGACCAGCUGUUACUAAGAAGUAGUGCAUUUUAAAUAUUCAUGAUGACCUCAAACGCCCAUCACACACAGAUGUGCACAUUUGAAGUUGUAUACACUGCACUGCAUUUAGUAUCAUGGGGUCUUUCACACAUUAACCAAAGGUUUUAUGCAAUCAACAUUUAUUCUGGCAUAACCUAAACCCACUUUGGUUGGUGUCACCUAUUCACAAGUGAAUUCCAAGUGGAAAUUGAUACCUAAUGCUCGUAUAUAACUUCCAGAUGAAAAUUAGUUUUAUUACCAUCAUCAGUUUUACAGUGUGGAUAUUUACAACAGUUUUGCAGCAGCUUUUUUGCAGCAUGUACACUAGUUUUGCUUUUGUUUGAUUUUUUUUUUGCAGAAUCAAUGAGUGUAACUGAUUAGUUUAACGUUUUCUCCUAAGAAUCAACAUGACCACUAGCUACCAUCUCCCCCACAACAAACUACGUUCUCACCUUCUACUCCACAAGUAAAACUAUGAGUAAAAGGAAAUAGGUCUCCAUAACAACACGGUCACAGAUCCACCAUGCAGUACUGCAAUUUAUAUAUGUAUCUUCCCUGUUAUCUCCCAUGAGUCAGAAAAUACUGUUCACAUAAUAUGGAAAUAAUACGUGCAGUAGAGCAUUCCCUACCAAAAAAAAUGAAACAGGGAAAGCCUAAAAGAGCUGUAUGCUUACAGCAAAGACCCUGUAGGACUUACACUGACUGACUUCAGAAAGCAUGCACUUAUAGUGGAUUGCACCCAGAAGUGAUAGGUUAGCACUCCCCAACCAAAAACCAUUCAAGUCACACAGGUAUGAAAAAGUGGUACAUACCUUUCAAACAUGCUCUCUACUCAUAACUCAAAUGACUUCAGUUUCCUCACCAAUGGCAGCACCUAAUAGUGCCAAACAGGAGCUUAUGUUCAAAGAAGGCAAGAGGAUCAAUAUGAAAUCAUGGCAAGUGUUACAAACACAUGAUGCAAUUUAACUGAAAAAUCCCAUGCUUCUUAUCUCUUUGUUUUUCCAUUUCCUAAGAACAAAACAAUUCCAUAACUGAAUUGUUAAUUAGAGCAGUAGAAUUCUUAAAAUUUCGUCAGGAUGUUCAGCAGUCAUAUUUGUAAGUGUCAAAGUCAUGACUUUAGAAAAGAAAUCUCAACACUGGUUCCUUUCACUUCACUGUGUUCCUUUGCUGUUUGAUAUAAAUCAGUAAGAUUUUACAUACCAGAUAAAUUCCACUUUGCAUGGACAACCUCUACAUCUUAUUACAUGGGCAAGAUGUGAAACUUGCUUGCACAAGGUGCAAGUAUUUGGAGUAAUAUAAUUGAAGAGUGCAAGAAAUUACACACAUUGUUCCAGUGCUUUAUCAGUGAGGAAAAUAACAGUCUGACUGUUCUUGAACAGUUUUGUUAUAGAAUGACUCAACUUCCAAACCAAGAAACCUUCACAAAAGAGUGCUUUAUUUCAGCAACCUAGCACUCAAACAAAUCAAACAUCCUCUUUAUAAUAAUCAGAUGAAUAAAAGUACCAGUACAAUUCCACUUUGUUUUGUUUUGUUUAUGCCUAUUAACUGCCCAAUUUUUUUUAUUAAAAAAAUGCAUUUAAAGAUCUGCUGCUCUUACUAAUUAAUACAGACUGGUUUAUUGACAGUGUGCAAAUAAACCUUUAUUGAAGAGCUAAUAUUGAUUACUGUUUUUCAGCUAAAUCAGAAUGGGGGCACAAAGUACCUUCUGUGCUGUAAACAUAAUGAAUUCUUCACAUAAUUGGAAGCUGAAAAGGCCUAAGGAAAAGGGUGCAAACACUUCUCAUACAUAACAAUGGCUGAGCUCAAGUCUUCCAAAAAGAAUUUGGAAUAGUUCUGCAUUUGGCAUACGUCCACUCUACUGUCAUCAAGCACAGUUUUAAGGGAACGUUGUUUAUAAAAGCAUAAUUUACUUUUAGCUUUAAAACACAAUGGCCUAAUAAAAGCAUGCAGCACUAUUUUUUUCCUCUGUAAUAUGAUAUAAUUACUUAAUUACCAGUGUUAACAUGACUUGGUGAGUGCUGUACAAGCAAAAGGGAUUGUAAAAUCACCUCUGAUUGUACUCUAUAAAUAAGGCUCAUACAGUACGUCUCCCUCCUCACCAUGAUCGACAAUUUCAAAACAGCAUUUGUGUAGAAUUAAAUUACCCUGAAAAAAGCAGCAUUUACAAAUAUCCUUAUUUUUUACUUUUUUUGCCCACCCCCACCUCCCCCCCAAAAAAGAAAAACACCUUCCUUCUUUUUCAGUAGUUUACAAUCUGGAAACAUAGGGAGUCUUUGUUUUCCAAACGGCUGUGGCCAGAUUAUCAGAUCUGGUUCUUCACAGUUUGUCUGGAUACCUGUAACACUUCACACCACAAAGUAAUAGUUCUAUGCUUAUAAAAAUAUAUAUAUAUAUAAGGGCUACUACCCAGCAAAUGUAAUUAUAGGGGCUAGAACAGCAGCAAUCAUCUGAUUCCUUAUACAUUCUUCACAGAGGGAAUCCAUUUUGGGUAUCCUUUCAGUCUUGCUCAACGCAGUGGGAUAAGAGUAUUUUCCCCAAACUAUUAUUUAGUGCAGCAUGAAUGGAAGGGGGAUCUCUCCCUUAUAAUUUGAAAUAAUUGGCUGGCAAACGCCUGGCAGAUGACUGAAAGGUGUCUCAUAUAUUCGUCUCCUAUGGCUGUGUCCUCAAGAGCCUGUUUUUAAUCCAAAGCAGACCUUUAUGGAUUCAGGCAUACCGUGGCAUUUCACAUUGCUCACAGCGAUUCAUUGCUGGGUGGUUUAAAAAAGUACAGCUCUUACAAUUCCACGGAGCUCCUUCAAAGUCUUCGUCUCUUGGCUGUGAUCGUGGAGCUUGCUUGGAACUUCUCUGAUGAUCUACAGAGAAAUAUUUUCUUUUAAACGCUUCAGUUUUAAAACACACCAAAGCCAUGCAUGAUAAUAUAAUAAGACUACUGAAGUUUUAACAUUUUGGAACCACAUUGUUAUCCACCUCUGAUUUUACCUUUGUUCCCAGGGGAGGCCAAAACACACAAAAUAUUUCAGUUAUAAAGUGUUUCUUAGACAUGGUCUACAUCCCAGCAUUAUGAGGCUAUGUCAGAGCAUAGUAUGGGACCCCAGUCUGGAAGAUAUCACUACUAAGGCGCAGGUUAACAUUAAACACUAGCAUUUACUUCUUGCUCUUCUUUGCAAGGAGGAGAUGGACCAGGCAGCUUCUGAAUGUAUAGCAAACAUUACUCUGGUCCCCUAGAUGUUCAGCAUGAUACAGAACAUUACCACUGCCAUAACUUCAUUAUAUCAUUAAUUAUUCUAUAGCAUCUACAAAUCCCUAUACUGCAUUACUUUCAUACCUACUUCAUACCUUAUUGUUUCAGUCAUGUGUGAGACGAAUCUAUUUACACCCAUGUGAAUUCAACCAGAAUGAAUUUGUCACAGUAAGAUUUGGCACAAAACCACAAAGUUAAGCCAAAGAUAAUUUGCUUACUCAAGUGUCCUAUGUUUUCCAUGCUGUUCAAAUUUUGCCACUAGAUAUCAAGAGAGGCUUUAAUGUUGCCUCUCUUUUAUGCUCUCAGUUCCUCACAAACGGCUUACUAUAGCCGCCUACCCUCACAUUAGCAAGCAUUUUUUAGAGUGAUAGCAAAAUGAAUGUAGGGAGAAGUACGUAGUACGUAUGUCCUGUGUCUUCCGUAAAAGGUUAAAUGAUGCAACAUCAGUGUUUAAACAUUCAUGCUACACUGUCAAAGCACUAUCAAAUUACUGUAGCUAAUACUUGGCAGAAAGCCACAAACAUUCUUUUGUGUAUUAUUUUAGCACUUGGCACCAAGUUCUUUAGGUUAUAUAAUGUACACCCUCUAUUCUUCUGAAAAUAUCCAUAGGGCUGACUUAUGGCAAUCACAUUUCACAGAUUUAUUUUUAAGCUGUGUUAGUUUUCCCAAAUGACUGUAGGUUGUCCAAUAGAGCCACGGUGAAACGAUGAUAAGGGUUUAGGUGAACAGAAAUUUCUGUAAGAUGUGUCCAACUAUAAUGAACAUGAAAAGCAGGCGAGAGGAAAGAAAAGAGACAGGAAGAUUAAUUGAUUCAUUAUUUGAUCACACGGUCAUCAGAACUGGCCACCUGGGCUUUCACACUGCCAGUUCUCGCUGUGGUGUUUUCAGUCCCUGAAUUUGUCCCUGCUACAAGAGGGGUUUUCCCAGUGGAGAUACAGGAGGCAGAUCACACUCAAAAGUAAGGAAGGGCAGGGUAGGGAAGAAAGACAGUAACACUUCUGUAGUUGCAGAGUUGUAUUUUUCUCUCCUAAGCAGACAAAAUUCCAGCAGAGGUAACAGGGACAGAUAGGGAGUGGGAAACUGCUGAGCAAAAGAAGAAACCAGUUAGGAGAAGGUGCUGCACUUAAAUAACAUAAAGGGGGAAAUAAAAAAAUAAUUUGUACAAGCUGGGAAAAUCAUGGUACAUAAAGCUGAAAGCGCAAAAUCAUCUUAAUC